ACACUCGCGCGCGCACGGCCAAGCUUGGCUGCGUCAAAGAGUGGUACUUCUUUGACUGGGCUUCUCGCACACAGACGUGCUGCUCCUAGCGUCGGCACCUCGCAAGCACAGCAGUCACCUUCCAACCUCUGCGCCUCUCCCCCGCUCCUCUCGCGCGGUGGCAGUCUUUUAACAGAACGAAAAGGGACCGCUGACCGCCCACUUCGCCACAUUACAGCACUCUGAAGACUUUCCCCACACUGGGAGAUCUGCGCUUUUCGCUCUUUGCUAUACCCGCAGAAGAGUCUAUGCUCCACAGAAAAGCCGCGGCUGGUCGCUGUGCUGAGCCAGAGAGGGCUGCCGUGCGUCCCGGUGAUGAGGUUGGUGGCGCACAGCCGACGAAGCGUUAAAGGAAUCCUGCUGUAUCCGAAGAAACCGCCCCAGUAAAGGGUCAAGAACGGGGGGAAAGCUGCGGGACCGGUGUCGGUUGGGACGCUACCAUUCCAACUAGGAUGCAUCUCUUCAGUGCCAUGUUCCUACUUGUGAUGUUAGCUGUCAUGCCCACUGAGGUAAGGACUCCGGCACAAACGCUUGCACGCGAUAAAUAAUCAUUGUUUAAAAGUUCCUAAAUGGGUGUUUUAAGCCUGUUCCCAGAAAUGGAUCAUUUAAAACAGAUCCAGCACCCAAAAAGAGCUCUGGAAAGCAGUUGAAAAGGAAGAAAACUGGUUUUAAGUCAGUGUGAAGGCUGUAUGCAUGUUGCAUCAUUAAAUAGGAAAAUUGCUAUUGUGCUGCCGUCUCGCAAAUAUGCAACGAAGCGAAGCUGGAGAGAAGGGAGCAGGAACGGUGGAAAGUUCUUGGAAGCUUUAGCGAUAUAGGAAAAGCUGCAGUUAACUGUAAAUCCACCUGCACUGGAAUAAUUUGCCGUUUUAUUGCGGUAAUUAGACACACAUAAAUUACAGUUAGAGUGAGAUGAGGGCCGGUCGCAUUGUGAGAACAAACCCUGUCUUCUCAUGAGAGAGAGAAAGAAAGGGAUAGUGGGGUGAUGUCCUCUUUUUGACAGGACGGAUUUCUGAGGGCUCUGAUAUUUUUGACACCCUAGAGGUGUAUCCCUCCAUCACUGACAGAGGAGUCCAGAGGCUCCAUCAGGAUCUGGAUUGAGCAGUGGGUGAACGGCUGCACUGACAGUUUGUUUACAGCUUCUAUGUGUGAUUCGUGGCUAUGAAUACAAACCAUGCGUAAUUGGAAGUGUUACCAAACCUGCGCCAACAAAUGGUUGUAUUCAGGAGAUGUGUGAUAUGCCCCUGUGUCUGUGUCCAUAUGUGUGCGUGUGUGUGUGUGUUUGUCGUGCUGUAGUGCAUGACACUCGAGGUAAGCUGUGUCCCUUUGGUAAAAAUGACGAGCCCUGAUGUGACAGUUGUAAAUUGAAGUGAAGGACGGUAAAUUAUUUGACCCAGAAAAGCUUUCAGUGAAAGCAGGAGUAUUUGAACUUGGAGGGGUUCAGCUGGUCAGUAGCAGGCAGUGUUCAGUGUAAGCCACGACCGCUUGGAAAGUGUCAAGUCUGCUGAUAGAGGAGAUACAUUUUCUUCUGUCAUGUGGGAAUGUUAUAAUAGCCAAUGACGAGUGUGUUGGGCAGCAGCUUGCAGCCACUUAAUAUCCACGCAGAAGUGGAUUCAGGACCAUGGACAGAGCUGUAUCGAGCCUUCAGAGGUCUGAGGCAAUUUCGCACCACAGACAGCGCCGAUGUGGAGAAGGCCACCAGACAGACCUCAAGGCCUUCCACUAACAAAGAAAAACAUUUACAGUCAGACAUGAAAGAUGCCGAAGAUUGUGGAAAAUAUGAUAUUUUCUGUGUCAAAUCCUGAAGUAAAUGGAUCACAAUCUCUCGCAGUUAAUCUUUGGAAAUGUUUUCUGCAUAUUAAGAGCUCUAUGGUGGUUUUCUUGUAUUAUUCCUGACUUAUUCAUAAAGCAGUUUGCUCAAACUUAUACCAGUUAAUUACAUUAGCAUAUAUUUUCAUUUUAAUCGUCCAUUAAAUUGAGCUUUCUGUUACUAUGUUGUGAACAAGAAAACGUGGCCCACGGCAUUACUAAUUUCUGAUGCUCUUGUAGCUUGUCUACUACUAUCCCAUGGCCAUCCUUUUAAGUAUGCCCUAAUGUCUUCUAGGCUGUUUGUGGAAGGUAGGUGGGCACUGCACUUGACCUUUAACAGGAGAGGAAACUACAUUAUGCUUUUAUUCAACAAGAUACACAAUGAUGGUGAACAAGCGGUACCAUCCACCUGAGUGCCAGGGGUCAAAGUAAUAUUUGUAUAGCACAGAUGGUGUUAGAGGAAAACUGAGUGAGUUUAUUUUGAGAGUUAUGAAAUAAGAUAGAGAACCUCCCUGGGCUCUAAUUUAACCAUCACAUUAAAUACAAGAAGAUGUGUUAUGUCUCUAAAGUGUGGUUUAUUUCUUAAUGCUUAGAAAAAAUUUGGACUGAAAACAACUCGACUCUUUGAACCUGAGCUAAUAUAAAUUCAAGCACUCUAGCUGUAAAUUAAAUAACUUGGUGUUCUUGAGGAUAUGAACUGUCAGUGUUUAACACCGUCUAACACGCCACUGCAAAAGUAUCGGGUGACUUUCUAUCAUAUCUCAGCCCCUGCUUUAGUGGGUUCACACUGUAAUUGCCCUUAGGGGACAAUUUGUUGUAAGUGUUUGCAUGAAAUAUUUAAAGAGCUAAAAGAAAAUACGUCGCCACCCAACUCUCAAAGACUCCGCGGAAAGCAUAAAGAAUUGAUGAAUUCUCGCGCAUCUUCUGCAAUGAGGCUAACAUUCCCUGUGAGUGCAGUUAUGAUACAACAUAUUUCAGUCACAGUCUCGGCACAGGCUGGUAUGAAAUAUUUAGAGGGCUUUAAUGAGACAGAUGCACUUGUUCUCACUGCAUGUGUUUGUUAAGUACCCAUAAAGCCCAUGGGCCUCUGUUGUUAGGGGUACAAAUGGGCACCUGCUUGACCUUGGUGCAGAUGUCUUGUUAUUGUGCACAUAUAAAGCCAAGCAUGACCGAACACAAUGACACCUGUGCACAUAAUGUUCCUGGCCUGGAGGAAAUAUGGAGCGAAGGAGAAAAUAUGAAGACAAAAUAUUUCUGAAUAAGUACUUUUACAAAUGUCCUCCCUCUGAGUACAUUGGCAUUGUCGGGGAUAUGAAAGGAUAAUUUCAAAUGAAGUUAUGGAUCUCUUCCUUCCAAAAGUUCGAUAUAUAAUUAAGGAUUUUGUAAAAACAGUCAAUCCUUAAAGUGUAAACUUUUUAUUCAGUUGCUAAACACACAAAACAAAAUAAAAGACAUUAGAUUAGAAACCUUUGAAUUUCAGUUAAAUUCAGAAUACUUCUCCAGUUUUCAUUAUAUCAUUAUUCACAGGACAAAAAACUGAAUUCCUGAACACUUGCUGAAAUGUAAAAGAUGCACAUGCACAUCAAAAACAUGCAGUUUGAGAAAAAACUAUGUGGUGUUAUUAUUGGUCAGGCACACUGAAUUUCUUUUGAUCUGUAUUUUGCAAAAUGCGAUUGCAAGCAGAAAUGAUGGGAAGAUCAUGAGACUGCUCUGCAAGGGUUUGAUUACUUGGGAUGCAAGUUUUCUGCAGAGACAGAAUUUGCUUUGGAAAUAAAAUGUUUUAUUUAAAGCUCUUUUAGGCAAGUUUCUCUCUCAUUUUGGCACCUCUUAUAGACAAAGCAGCACUUGAUUCGUUGUUUUGUCUGAUACAUGAGUGUUUUAGGUUCACUGCUUCAUUUUAGGGAUCAAAUGAAUUGACUAGCAAUAACAUUAUGAACAUCUGAGUGAUCUAAUGCAAUCCAACAGCUUUACUGCAAAUUCUGCUCCCAUAAAGCUACUAGGUUUUCAGUUUCUGAUCAGGAGAGUGAUUAUUUGACUUUUAUAUUUAUAAUUGAGGAUGUAAUGGUUGAUGUACCAAAGUGUGUGAUGUUCAAAGGUGUUCCUUUUAUCUUGUCCGCACCAUCUUUCAAUAUAGUGGACAUAAUUGCACCAUCGACACCAACUGCAACUUCAACAACUUCUUCAACAAGAGAACAAUUAUUGUCAGUCUGUCCAUUGGCAUCCACCUCACCUGUGGUUUCUGGCUUUAAAUAUAACCACGAAUAAAUAGUCAAACUUUGGACUGAUUAUUAUAAAUUAUAUGUAGGUCAUAAAUAUACAUCAGUAUCAAUUUCAGUCUGUUUCUCAACCAGAUGAAAUCUCCUCACAGGAACUUUAAAUGUAGCAAACAAGAGUUCAUGUGAACUACAGCAAACAUGGGGAAAAAAAACAUCUAAAAGAGUGAGCAAACAUCUAUUUCAUUACAAAUGAGUAACCUUUAAAUUUGGCUUGUAAAAGUAAAUGGAUAAAUAAAUAUCAUCCAAAGAUACUCAGAGGGUUACUCUGAGUGGAAAACAUGUUUUAACCGUGACUCUGGAGCUGAAAAUAAAUUUAAGGCUUUUAAGUGGCUGACCUUCUGAGUGCCUUGGAUCUGUUGAAAAAAGCUUACACAGACAGUGGACUCCCACACUGAAGUGCACCAGAGACACCUGUUUUAUCUACACCCUCUCCACACCUGUGAAGCACGCCAUGCUUCUGUUUCUGAUCUGUUCGAAACAAAGACUCCCAUAACCUUACACCGCACUUAUAAAUGGGAAUGUAUUUAAGAGAAAGUUUGUAUCAAAUUUCCAAAUUUGUUUUUGUGCAAAAAUCAAACAGAUUUAUUAGGAGAAUGUGAAACAUGUCCACGCAAAAAUGUCUGAAAAGACCAGACAUGUUUGUAUAGUUUUGUUGAGUUGUUUAACUACAUUAUUCCAAGUGUUUCCAAAAAAUCAAGAGUUUAUUGAAUGUAACAGUUGGCGCUGAAAACAGCAGAUGAUACAUCUGACAAUGAGAAGGAAAGCCAGGGAGAGAUUUUCUGCUUUUUCUAUUACUCACUCAUGAUGGUGCAUGAUUAUUCAUGAGCAAAUGGGCAUCAUUUCUAUACAGCGUGAACACAUCAGAGAUGCGAGGCCUCAUCCGUAAACUCUCUUAGUCGCCUCCGACAGAGUCUUCUCUGCAGUUGUGGAUGUUUGGAAACAAAACUAACAAGCUCCGUGAUCAUAACUCCAUCGGCUCAAGUAUGUUGUUUAUGUUGGGGUAAAUUCCAUAUUGCAUAUUUCAAAGUUAAAGACUCACUCCAAUGUAAAUCAUGUUUUUCUUGUUUUUUAUAUGUUCAUAUGGCAUUUUUUUCUGAUGCUACAGGAUAUAUCAUGAGGAAACUAAAUGUGAAAUUGCUUUUCUGAGAAUUUCUUCAUUCAAAUCACUGUGAAUCUCUGGCAGAAACAGUGAGAGUUCAUAUGUAACCAACCCAAGCUCCACCCCCGGAGACCGGCUAUGCAGGCCACACUCCAAUACACAAUCAUACAGAGGACGAUCGCGGAACAAGCGUGUGCGUUAGCAGACUGCAAAGCUCGUAAGAAAGCUAAUUAUGAUAUUAAGUUUCAUCAUGCCCCUAAAGACAUUAGCGUCCAAGAGUUGAAUAGCUCCUAUGUUACCUGCCACUUUUACUACGCCGGCAAUGUUAGGCUGCAAACUAACAUGGAGACGAGUGUGCAGAGUAGCGCUGUCUCAGCCCACGACUAAGAGGUGAAAACAAUCAGAGUGGGACUUUAAAGGUAAAUGUAAAUAGCAUUUCUGAACUAUUUUAAUGUUAGUUGCUUUUAAUAAUAACUCUUAGGUGUGUUUAAAAGACUCACAUUCAGGCUUGGAGGCAUGUUAUUUAGGCUGUGGUCCCACUGGGGCAGGAGAGCACCACAGAACUUAAGUUAUCCGUUCAAGCUGUCUGGGCCCCUGGACUCCUGUGAGUGAUGGAGAGUGGAAUGAACACUUGCUUUGGUGUUUUUCUGCUCAAACAGCGGGUGCAGUGGGGGAGAAAACCUAAUUGCUUGUCAUUCUCAAAGAAGGAGGCAGAACCCCGUGUAAGCAAUUGGCUGGAUUUUUCAGUAAUUUACUUGAUCCUUUCUCUCACCAGGGAUCACAAUAAACAAUCAGUCUGAACAGACUAACAUUUAGGACCUUGUUAAGUUGUGUUUCCUCAUUCUGAAAUGGUGUGAUGAUUGAACCUGAAACUCACCCAGCCGAGGUCGAUUUAUUGCGAAAAGACGAGUACUGUAAAAGUAAGAGCACUUGUAAAUCACACAGCAGUUUAAAACAUCAUUUGGCACAACAUUUAGUUUAUUUACAUUGAGGCAAUUAUACAGUACUUUAGUGCUGUAAUAUAAGUGUCACUGAGCUGAGAUGGUUUUAUUGAUCUGAGUAAAAGAGCACAGGAGCCUUCUGCUGCUACACUGAGAAGGCUUCAAUAGCUUUAUGUCAGUGUUGGCUACAAAUCUGACAGAUUAUAAUAAUAAUUAUUAUCACGAGACAAACAAACAAACAAAGGAAAGUUCUGUAGAGGGGUUAGCUGACCAAAUACUAAUGACGUGCAGUGAGGCAACAUGUAAUGUAGGGCUUGACACUAACUUUUUCCACAAGGAGCACACAAAGAACUUUAGGGGCACGAUGAAAAUUGAUCAAAUAAUGUUUGUCUUAUUAGUUGACAUAAGUACUGUUAUUUGAAAUCAGUUUUAGGUCUUUUGGUCACAUGACAUUGAAGCUAUUGAAGAAAAUGUUCAAAAUUUGCUUUAAAUUCAACACAAUUUUUUUUAGAGGAUAAAUUAGGGAAAUAAAGAGGUGUGUCUUUUCGUCCGACCUUAGUACUAUAUUUGAAAUCAAUUUUAGGUCAAUUGGUCACAUGACAUGGAAGCUGUUGAAGGAAAACAGCCUUUUUUGAGAACAUCAACCGGUGAUUUAUUGAUGGUCCCUUAUUCAUUGAUGGUCCCUGCUGUUGCUAUACCCAUUAAUGGAGAGUGAGAAAACACCAGUAGAUUCACCGUGAAUGUCCGGUGAGUAUCCAGCCUAAAACUAACUUCACCGCAGUAUUUACAUGAAAAAACAUUUGUUGCUGAUUUUUUUUUAUGCACACAUCUGCCCCUAAAUACGUUUUACAAUUCACACACAUCUAUUUUUUUAGUCGCAAAUGUGAGUGAAACAGUCGCACUGUCAAGCCCUGUAAUGGCAUCAAUGACAGACCAGAGUCAUGCAGGACAAACAGCAUGGUCGGCUUACGUCUAAUCAAGACAGCUUUAAACAGUCCACAGACCUGGCAGUGACACUUGGGCCAAAAAUCUCUUUUCCUGGUCCCAGUCCAGCUAGAAAAUCAGCUUUAUCACAAUAAAGGCCUCACAGACGCGAGUAUAAUCGAGCCAAUUAUGGUAAAUUUCAGUCAUUGUCCGCAUGCCAAAAACCUGUAACACAUCAAUUUUGGGAAAACUGUCAAAGUCAUUAAAACCUUUUAACAAUUACUCAAAGAUUAUUCCAUCCCGCUGUGUUCUCAUGUGAGCCUACCUAUUAAAAGCUUACAGGUUUGAGGCUGAGCAGGAGGAGGAUGACAGGAGAAGACGAACAGAGAUGUGAGUCUACGUUUCAGACUCUCAGAGAGGAAAGGACAGUAGGAGCGGUAAGACUGGACAGAGUGUGCUCUGCCAAGCAGCAGGCUAACCUCCACCUAGAGAAUUAAACAAAUGAAAAGCUGCAGGAGCAGGGGCGUAAAUCUGCCAGUGAGACACAAAGACACACACUCAACUGGUAAAAUCACCUUGCUGUGCUACAACAAGCUUAGUGCUUGUCUGUUAUAGGAGAAUACGGGAACAUUACAUACUUUCCAAGGAGUGUGGCAUUACAGUAUCAUGUAGUUAUCUGAACCCCGUUUUAUAAUAAAUGUUGAUAUGUGAGCUUUACCUUCACGUGUUUGCUGCUCAGAUGAGCUAUCCACACAACCUCCUUUCUGUCCCCUGUCUGUCGCUAACAAUCAUGUCUAGCACCAUGUGGGUGAGUCCACCUCCACACACUCCCCAUUAAUAUACAAAGGUGCUGCUUCACAAUCAGCCACAGAUAAUGAGGUUGCAUUAUGUGUCGCGGCUGCUUGAAGAGAUUGAAUAGUAUGUGCUUGUGUUAUGACUGAUUAGGCGAGAGCCGGAAUCAGUGCCUGAUAAUGAUACCACAUUAUGUGACUCAGAAACUUACAACUGUAAAGAGAUUUGUUUCAUAAAAGAGACGCUGCUUAAAAAAGGGGGGGACCAGAGCUCUGAGAGCUGUUGAGCUUUUGUGCUGUCCGCUGUUCACUCUCAUCUUAAUGUUUGAUGUGCUUUCAUGUAGCUGCUGCUUCAUCAUCACAGGCUUGUGUUUGUGUGAGAGGAAAAUGUGUACACACACACGCACAGGCAUUGAACAGCAACCCCUCCAACUGCAGAACAAAAAAGGAAAAUGAAUUAAUCUAUUUAUUUCUGAGGUAUGGGGAAAGAUGGCUAAUUCAAGGUUCACAAUUACAGGGAUAUUCUGACGUAAAAUUAAGUCGGAAAAUAUCAUAUACCUCAUGGAUGUACUGGACAUCUGUGAUUGUUUUGCAGCAUUGACGUAAUUCAAUUCCAAACCUGGAGAAACACAUUUUAAAGGGAUAUUCCGACGUAAAAUUAAUUUAGGGUCAAAAACACCAUAACACCGAGUUAGACACCCCCUCGAGAGAUUAAUGUGGCCGACCGCUUUCCUCUCUAGUUAUACUAAUUUUAGUAACAACCGCAGACAGCAAUACAGAGAGCCACACGCUCAACCAAAACGCCACUCUAUAGCCACAAAUAAUGCUCAGAACAGCACCUAACUUCAUCAACAGUACAUAUAGGGUCCUAGCCACAGCACUAGCCAUCAAAUACUUUUAAGCUUUGCAUAAUUUUUUUUAGCAAAGAGACUCACCUACUCUCUUCCAGCAGUCACUUGUUUGUACGGAGACCGCCGGGCGAGUCCAUCGACUGCAGCGGGAUGUCACAGCUCAAGGAAGAACAUUGAUGAUCAUUUCUUCAUGGAAAUGCAAUCAGACUAAGGUGCUAAGGCAGAAGAACUACCGCGUCUGCAGUGCAAAAUGAUUAAUAUGGUGAUUAUUACUUCAAGGAAAUGAUAAAGUGAUGAUCAUAAAUGUUCUUUAUUGAGCUGCGUCACCCAACUGCAGUCAAUGGACUCGCCCGGAGGUCUCCGUACAAACAAGUAGCUGCUGAAAGAGAGUAGGUAAGUCACUUUGCCAAAGAAAUUAGGCAAAGCUAAAAAGAUGUUUGGUGGCUAGUACUAUGGCUAGGACCCUAUAUGUACUGUUGAUGAAGUUAGGUGCUGUUCUGAGCAUUAUUUGUGGCGUUUUGGUUGAACGCGUGGCUCUCUGCAUUGCUAUCUGCGGUUUUUACUAAAGUUAGUACAACUAGAGACGCAAGCAGUCUGCAACAUUCAUCUCUCAAGGGGUGUCUAACUCAGUGUUACAGUGUGUUUUGACCCCAACUUAAUUUUACGCCGGAAUAUCCCUUUAAAAUGUGUUUUUCCGGGUUUGGAAUUGAAUUACAUCAAUGCUGCAAAACAAUCACAGAAGUCCAGCACAUCCAUGUGGUAUAUGAUAUUUUCUGUGUGCAUGGUUUGGUUGUUGAUGAUCUUCUACCUGUUUCUGGGUCAGUUUUCUGAAUGUGGCUUUAAAUGACUCACACAGGGGUGAUAUUAGCGCGCGAUGAUGGCGACAAGCUUUUUUCACAGAGCGGUCUGGGGUGAAAUGGGUGACUGAUUUUACUACUGCAGUGCCUCACAUGAGGCACAGAGGCAGGCAGCGGCUUGCGUGGUAAUUGGUUAACAGAUGGAGCGCCGGGUAGAGAAAGCGUGUGAGGUCAGCAGCCUGACUGUCAGACUGGUGUCCCUGUCACUGCCGCACCCCCCUGAGGAAGACAGAGAGUGGCGGUAUGCUCUUACCUUUCAAGCUGGAAUGGCAUACUUAUGUGGGAGCAAAUGUGAUAACCCACUUUAUUUGAAACACUAAAAUAAAACUACAACCGUAUCAAAAGAAAACUUAACUUCUGACUUUGCACUGAGAGGAUUUUACUGCCGGCUUAUGAGGAUUGUAGACUCAUAACUCCUCUUACUCCCCACUGAAAGACGCUGCUACAAAAGCAAAAACAGAUCCUGUGUGUGGUAUCAUUUGUUCUGUAUGCUUUUAACUCACUCAAUAGGUGGGCCUGUUCAAGUUCCAUUUGUUUAAAGCCAUGUGGGAUGAAAAAUUUCGCAGGUUUUUCAGAGGACAGUCAGCAACGCAUGCUCCCUUCAAACGGGAAAGGAUGAAAGUCCAACCUUCAUGGUAUUCAGUCCAAUUUUAAUGACCACUUAUUCAUUCAGAGCCACAGAUGGGCCACUACUUCUGCUCGGGGGCUGUGUGGGCUCUAAAUGACCUCUGUUACUGUUUUCUGUCUUGUUGUAAACCCAGUGGCCGGCUGGCCUAAAAUGAACAUUAACUUUCCCGUGGAGUGCGCUGGCUGACUUCAGGGCGGCUCAAAACCGUCAUUAGAAAAGGUCUUUGAGGUCUUUGGGGAGCGAGCACUAAAUAUGGAUCUCUCUCAUUUGAACAGACAUAGUUAACCUGGCAGCUUACCAGCAGCCAGCUGUACACUCAGGAACUCGUCGCUAUUUUUCAUGUAGCAGGAUAGAAAAUUAGAUUUACAUUGGUCCUCUGAGCCUCAACUCUCUCUUUGUGACCCUCAGAAAAUUUCACAUUUUCCAAUCAGUGCACAGAAUAUCCCGUCUGCUCAUAUAUCUAUAGGAUGUUACUUGUUCUUGUUGUCAACAGUGAAUUGAAGGAUCGGCUUGACUGGUGGGGUGAAAAUCAUCCCCGUAUCAGCCCCCGUAUCACAUUCUCUCCCCCACUUUUCCUCUUUGCUUCGGUGUGAGUGUGCUGGAGGAUGCAGGACUCCCAGAGGUUUAUGUCUGUGACUCUAAGCAAGAGUGACAUUUCUCUGACAACACCCAGAACAGGCACCGAGACGCACGCACACACGCACACGCAGUCUCAUAUUCGCACACACAUUGUUUUUUUUUUGUCUCCCUUUCUGCCUCCCCUUUUGCUCCCUAGUUCACAAACAUGUCAGCGGUGGCAUCCCGGACAGACAAGGAGCCAGACGAACGCUUAAAAUCGACACCGACAAAAACGUCUGAGACGGCUCAGUGUGUCAAGGGUUAAAGUAUGAGUGACAGCUGCCAAUCAGAGCAUAAGCGGGCUUGAUCAUGCGGUUGAUGGUGGACAUGCUGGGUGAAUACACAUGUAACCUUAGUAACCGCCACCAUGGGACUCACCCAAUCACAUUUUUGCAUCCAUCUGCUUUUUUUUUUUUUGCAUUGCAGUAGGCACCUUCUGACCAGUUUUUCUGCACGACCUUGCUUUCCCCUGCUCGAUGAAUCUUUUAUGAGCCUGGCAAUGUGGGUUUCUGUGUAGAAGAUUGGAAUAUAAAUAUGGCUGUUGCGCCUAGAGCUCCUCUUCCCGCUCUGAUACAAAAGCUUUCAUAAGACUGAGCAGAUUGGGCAAGCUGCUACUUGAACAGUGCUCUUCACAUCUCUUUCGCUUUUAUCAGAAGACACACAUCCCCCUGUUUCAGAGACCGUGAUGCGUUCUCACACACACCGCACAUAAAUUUCUGCUUCCACCUGCCUGAUCACAGAGCCGGACAACAAACCGCACUCUCCUGGGAAAUCCUUCUUCAACAAAUAUGUCAAAUUAUUCGUGAGGGAUCUUCAUGCACAGUAAAGUUUGCCGAGUUAAUUACAAACGGCGCACAUUUGUGUCGCGGAGCUGAGAGCUGUAGCAGCCGUUGACAUUGAACGAGACGUGAUCACAAAGUGUCAGAGUAAAUCUUUGUUGAACUCUUCAGACUGCGCUACGCCUCUGUCUCUCUUACUACCGCUUUCUGUUUGGUUUCUUUGUCUCUCCUUCUGCUCCCCGUUUCAAAUGAUCCUUCCCUAACUUUAUUCCAGAGAACCCUCUUCUCACCGCCAUGUGCGAGUGUGACAGCAUCGCCUCCCAUUUUAAAAGCUAACUCAAUUGCAGAGCUUUCAUUUUAGGGGGGAUGAAGGAUGAGAGCUAUGCGGCGCAGCAGAGGCGGGUGGCAAGAGGAACCAUUUAAUCGAUGUGUUUUCCACGUGGCACUGUCACUGCCACUCAGUAGGGCCAUUGAUGAGGGAGGCUCUCUCUCUGACUGCGCCAAGGCUUAAAGGCUCCAGUCAGGGAGGCGUGGGAGCCCAGCAGCCACCAGACACUGCUGCAUAUCAAGCAGGCUGGCAGAGCUGCUCCCUGCAGCCCCACGGUGAGCAGGGGAGAGAGGACCUUUGAUAGAGACACUACAUGUAGGAGAGAAGAGAUAACAAGAUGCUCAGUGGAGGGAACAGCAGCUUACAUUAUAUUAUGCUGCCUGAUUCUAAACCCCUGGGACUUUAUCCAAGUCUAAAAAAAACACACAGAGACAAAGUAAGGUGUAACUCCGGAUGUCAACACCACGAUUCAAAAAGGGCCACAACUGAAGACCUCAUGCUGCUAAUUACGAACCCACUGCAUAUUGUAUGAGAGAGAAAGUGAAAUAUGGAGUGAUAUGUGAAGUAUUGAUGACACUUUCUGAAAGAAAUGCGAUCUAGCUUUGAUGGAUUACACGAAGUGGGAGGAAAUGAUGAAACACGCCGACUUUGGCGUUAAUUUUUCAUGGAUCACAGGGCUCAAAUUCAGAUAAGCAUAUUAGUGGGAAAGGAGCUUUUCUAAAAGAGAGCCAAAUCUUUUGAGCAGGACCGUGAUUCCAUUACUCAUAAUAGCCUUUUGAUUAUUCAUCAAUUAAAAAACAACUUCUAAAACAAUGGGUUUGAGCCUGCCCUGAUUUCUCCUUCUCGAGCACGUUUGCCUCUUUUUAAUAACAGCCUGCACAGAGAGCUAAAUGUAGUUCUUGCACAACCCAAAAAAGAGCAUCCCCUACUCUAUGAGAAAAUUUGCGAUUGAUAUGCAUACUGUACAUGCAUCUAGGGCUGCACGAUUCAUCGAUUUUAAAUCAGAUUGGACUAUUUGAUUAUGACGAUGUUAAAAUAAUUAAAAUCAUCAAAUCUAUUUUCCUCUUCUAUCCUGUCUUGCGCCUCCAGGCCACUGUAUGCUCCCCAUUCCUGUGGGAGUGCUCUUCAGUUCCCACACACACCAGUGUAAACAAACGAAGAGUUUACAAAAGAAGGUGAUAAUUUCGUGGCUAAACAGGGCAGGAGUAAGUCAGUAGUGUGAGCAAACCACUCUCCGCUGCAAAGUCUGUCUGAAAGCAGUAUCAAUCCGUCCACACGUCCCCGUCUCGAAACAAAUUCAGGAGUAAACACAAACGUUUUUUGUCGAAUUGGCAUUUCAUCCACACGGAAACUGCGUUUUGGGUGACUGUAAAUGGUGCUUUUUGAAAACGGGUAUAAGUGCAUGAAUCUAAAACGACCACCAUUUCAUCUCUGUGUGGAUGUCUAUCUGCAUCUCUCAAACGAUUAUGUGAAACACAGCGUAACUCUUUUAUGGUGCCUGCGCAAGUCUGGCCAAAACAAUUUGCGGAGUUACAGCACCACUCACUGGCUUGGCAUAUGCAGUACAUCGUUUCAGUGGUUUCGUUUUGAGAAAUGAUAGAAAACUUAUCAAAGUGAAGUUUGGUGUCGUUGUCACUGAAUAAAAAAUCUAAAUCUAAAAUCGAGUUUUCAGAGAAAAAAAAAAAAAAUCGGGAUUUUAUUUUUGGCCAAAGUCGUGCAGCUCUACAUGCAUCUGAAUGCAACAAAACCAUUAGCAUAGCAUCACUGUAUAAAACACAGCUUCCCGUACAGAACAAACUAGAACUUUCACAAUGUCGAUCACUGCCAAGGCCAAUGUUUUAUUUAUUUUUCUUUCGUUAUAAUCCAAAUGUACAAGUGCAACCACAACAAACUAUCUAUCUCGAGGUAAAUCCAAAAACUACAAGAGUUCAACAGGUCAUCAUGAUUAUUUCAGAUGUCUGAGUUUUAUCUGGAUCUUCUCCAAAAUGUAUCCUAUUCCACAGGAAGUUUCAUAUAAAUCAGUUUUUCCAUAAUCCUACAGAAAUACAAGCACCUGUUCUUGGCAGGGAUAAUACACCAACAACUAAUGCACAAACACACAUACAUUCACUGACAAACACACAGGCUGUAUGAAGGUGCAGGGAACUGCAGAUGCUGUGGUGAUCAGGGCUGGUUGUAAGUAUCAGAGCACAGAGGAUGAGAGGAUGUGGAUGCUGAAUUAAUGCCCAGUGGAGUAGAUGAGUGGGGCAACAUGGCUAGAAGAGUGGGGGGAGAGAGAGUGCGAGAGAGGAGAGCACAAAGUGAAGUAGCAGGAGAUGAAAAAAAUGAAAGACUGUAGAAGGAGAUGGAAGGAGACACAGAGAAAGUCUCCUCCAGACUGUGUCUGCAGGGCGGUUAUCUCUGCCAUCCUAACCAAAAGGAGAAUAAUAAUUAGAGGCCCGUUGCUCUGUCACCAUGAUUUUUUCCUCUUUACUGGCACUGACACUCCUUACAGAUUGUCUUUAAUUAGCCCCACGUUGCUCAGUCAAUACAGCCAUGACCAUGACAGAACAACGGCAUGUGCAUCCUGUCACUUUGGCAAGAGUAGGCAGCAGGAAGAAAGGACAAAGUGAUGACAGACAAGAUGAGAGAAGAAAAUGAUGUGGAGUGGCAUGUCUGUGAGAAGAAGGGUGGGGGAAGAAACGUCAUGCUCUGAUAAAAACCUGCUCUCAUGAUGAUUACAGUCUGCACUUGUUUAUCUUAUACUGACUUUAUAAACUUGUAGAUGUGUGGAUGGAUUAGAAAAGAAACAGUUUGAAGUCAGUUCAGCUGUUUCUGCCAGUUUAUGUUACAGGAUCUAAUGCAGUGAUCCUGGUUAUAUUUUUGAGCUGCAGAGCUGAGUGCUUCAGCCACGCUAAUGGUGAUGUGAUGAAUAGGUAUUCAGGAGAGGUCUCUCUCUCUUUAAGCUCUAAUGCCUCAGGCUGCCGGCCCUCUCAGGCCCAGCUCUCAUCUCUUACUUCUCUCAGUGAGGGGAACAGCAUGCAGGGAGCUGCUGCAGAGAUCUUCAGAGAGGAGGACUCGGCUCUUGUCAUGCACAUUUUUCUACUUGGCAUGUUCUGGAUUAAUAUCUGCGGCUGUCAUGCUUUCAUCUUUUGUCAAAUCAGUCCUGAACCAAAUUCUAAAAUGUAAUGCGAGUGCCAAUAAAUUAUAUAUCAAAAAAAGGAACAAAAACAUAUCAUCAUCGGGAGUGCGAAAGAUAAAACUCUUGAGCCCUUGCAUUCUUAUAAAACUGAUCAUAUUUUUAUAUUGUUAUGUAAGGGUGGACCCUCGCAUAUCCCCCAUUAAAAUUCAAAUCAGUGAUUUGAUUGGAGGGUGUCAAAAAUGUCCUCAGACUGUUUUUCCUCUGAGAAUCGUUUUAAAGGGAUAUUUACGCCAUUCUUAUCCCCAUGCUUAGAGGUAGAAUCUCAUUUUGGGUGCAUCCUUUUAAGUUUUACUCCCGGCAAUCUGGGAAUUUCGACAAUGAUAUGUCUCAAGGGGAACAAGCAGCGGAGUCACAGACUGUCAUGUCGUAAAGACAGGCUAGAAAAUAUUUAUGUUAACGAUUAGCAAAGGAAGCACCUCCUUCAGGGAAAAUCAUCUCCCAUCCCCUUUACGUGCCGCGUGGAAUAUUAAUGCGAGGGGUGGCCUUUUCUGAUAUCAUAUCUCCCAGGCUGCGCUCAAAAAUAUCAUCAUUAAACUCUGAGGAUCUGUGUCGUGCUAUGAGUAAAGACAGCAUCCUGCUUCGACUGAAAUGCUGCAGAAAAGCACAGACAGGCUGUCGAAAGUUAACUACAGAGAUACUUCUUCUAAAUGUCGGAAAAACAGAAUCGGAUUUAUUGUCAAGCAGGUUACACAUAUGAGGACUUGGUGUUUGUUGCAUGACAGAAUAAGAGGCUGGAAAUAGAUGCAAGGCAGUGAAACAACAUCAAACCCUUCCUCAUGAUGAUGUUGUUAUAAUGUCGACAUUUCAUUAAAGUCCACUGCUUUUAACAUUUAUUGUCACGUCUGAGUUUCACUUCUAAAGAUAACAGAUUUAAGCAACAUCACACAUAAAGAGUGUUACGAAACAUAAUAAAAGCGUAGCAGUGACUCAGAAACAGGCAUAAAGCCUGAGCAGAGUGUCAAAUAUUUCACAGUGUGCUGAUAUUUUAACCUGGAUUGGUGAUAUCACGUUAAAUGACAGAUGCACAAGCAGCACGAACUGGCAUGUCCAGAGCUUUUCGACAGGGGAGGCCCAGCCGGGUUGCAUCAAGUCAGAUCUGUCAUCGAAUACAGAGUCGCAACAGACGAACCUUCUCGGCUUGUUUUUGUGAGGAUUCAAAAAAACAAUUCGAUACUCACAAAAAUACAAGCUUCAAAACUUUGCCAAUAAAUGUUUUUCAGUCAUGAAAUCUCACAUUUUUGUGCUUUAGAGGGUUUUUGCAGCAGCUGAACACUGUGUCUAGAAUCUAGGCUCCUACCUAAUAGCUCCACACAAUUUACUUCUACAUGCAGAAAUUGAAGAGUAAUGAGACAGUAUGUUUGAACCUCUCAGUUGGAGCCUGCAGGUGGAUGCUGGGGUGACAGUGGGACUGGAAAUUUUAAGCACAGCAAUGGCAGAAGCAAAGCAGAGGCAGAGAGCUGGAAUCUUGCAGCUUUUACGGAGCCCCUAAUUGGGAGGACACGUGUGUCACAGGAUCAUGAGAGUAACCCAUGUUAAGUGUAAUUCAGUGCAACUAGAGCUGCCUGUCUGAACUAGUUGCAAGCUUUGCUCCAUUUUUGACAGUAUAAGACAGUUAUGAACAGUAUUUUUCUACAAUUUAAAGAACCAGUACUUUUAAAUGCAAAGAAAGCCACUGGCCGCCUGUUGAGGAUACUAAAGAUUUAAUUUUAACAAAAUCCAGACUCCAAUGAGGGAAAUAGUCAAUCAUUGUUUGGAAUUAUAGCCCUUAAAUGCCAGAAACCACAAAUUAUAGGCAGAAAAUUCAAUUUCUUUUGGAGCUGAUAUGUUUAUUUCACUUACUACUGACAACCCCAGAAAUCAAAAUGUCCUUAAAAUUGAACAAAUAUAUUUAUUUAUCUCAUUUUAUGCAUUAGAUGUUUUUAGAAACUGAUAAACCACAAGAGGACAUUUUUUAUCGUACUGUAUUCAGGUGGGUUUUUUUAGUAAUUUGUUGAUCAUAUUGAUUGACCAUAAAAGUAUGUAUCAAAUAUGAUACAAAAGGCAUUCAAGGGUUAGGGUGUCACUUGGGGUGGCCAAUAAGAUCUCAAAGUGGACCCUAUCUAGAUACACCCCUGGCUGCAUACAGUAAUGAACAGUGAUACCUAAUAAUUCACUUUGCUUCUCUGACAAAAAUAGUUCCGCUUUGACUGGAGCUGAACUGUCUCUGACGGCGUCUUAAAGGGACAAGAGACCAUAACCUACCUACACACAUCCAAAACCAACUUCUAUUUAUUAUUUUCUUGAUACCAAAUAUACCGAUACGGACAAAAUGAAGUUGGUUAUUGUCGUAAAUUUUGGUAUCAUAAAUUUUUGGUUUAUCGCCCAGCCCUAAUGCAAAGUUUCAUUUAUUUUAAGACUCCUGCAGCAACACAGAUACUCUAAAGCAACAAUGUUUUCUGAUUUAAUGAAGCAUCAUGUUUGCAACUUCCCAGACAUCUGAGCAUCAAUAACACAGUAAUUGUGCAUUGUUUGUGAAUUGUUCCAUUGUUAAAGUAACACACACUGUACUGAGACUCUUGUGUGUUUCUCUGUACAGCACUAACAAAGCACUUCCACAACCGUUGUGUGCCCUCUAUUACACAUACCAGCACAGGACUUCACAAUCAGACACUGUUUCUUCGUUUUAUCGUAAAGGGGCUACAUUUCUAGAAGGCAGGGCUGUUCCAAAGCACACAGACGUUACACACAACAGAAUCGACACUUGGCUGUAAAAUUGAGACAUGUUCCGACAUUCAUUACCAGUGUGUAUCUGCCACACAUUGCAUCUGUUGCUGUGAGCUCCAGCUUGAUGAUCCAGAGCAUUCCCCUGUGGUGAAGAAUCAGACUCUCCAGUCACUCUUUACCAUCAGAGCCAACCGCUCCCUCUUCCCUUCCGCCAACACCUUCCCACUCAGAAUACUUCUCAUCUCACACUCGGCUACCUCCGCAGAAUAUUACCCCCUUUAAAAUAUUCAACCUCCAGCCUCUCAUUUCUGCUCUGUACACUCAUUUUCUCCAGUUUGUUGAUGUUUACUGUCUCAUUGUUUGUUUAAUCACUGAAUGGAUCGGCGGCGCCUCAAUUUUGACAACGCAAGCAGAGACUUUACAGAUUAUACGUCUGGAAUCAUCGGAAGGGUAUUAGGGGAUGGUACAAAGGACACAAGCGAACACAGGACUGCUUAUUAAUACUAAUAAUACGUUUUUUCCUUGUUCUAGCAGCAAGGCAACCUCCCAUUAAAGCACACAGUGACAAGCUAAUUUGCUUUUCUACAAGUUUCUCCUAACCCUCUUUGCCCAGAACUCCAUUUGGCUGUAAAUGUAAUAUUGAGUUAGAGGCUGUUUUGGGAUUUCUCUCCAAUGCACACUGAGCCUGUGUUAUACUAAUAAUGUGUCCCUAAUUAAAUGUUACAGCUUCUCUGAGCAUUAAUGACCUGAAGACAGAGGAUACAAAUGGAGACUGCAGUGUGAGCUCAGACAAAGAAGCUGGACACGAGACUGCAGGCUGCUUCUCUCCCUUCAUGACUAAUAUGCACUUAUAGCUGAUGGUCAUUGUUUGCUCCUGACCAUGUUGAGAGCGGAGCAGUAAGAUUAUUUAUUACAUUUUUUUAGAAUUGGCUGCUGCAAACUCUCAGUCAACUAGGCUGUAAUUGGCAGGAUCUCACCAAUCCUCUCUGGUCCUGUUUGCUCCGCUGUUGCAGACGUGGCAGAAAACAGACAAGAUGUAAAUUCACUACCUUGGGGAGUCUCAAAUGCAUCAACUGUUCUUUUCUCUCUUUUCUCUGCCUUUCUCUUUACCUCUUCUUUGCAUCCGUCAUUUCUAUAACCCAUUUAGUCCGUCUCCUUUGUUAUCCUUAUUUCCCUCCUGUGUAACCUACCUCAGUGAUUAGUCAAUCAUGGUGAUAUCUCCGCUCUGUGGCUGGGUGAUAUUCGUAAACAAUGACUCAGACGCAGAUCAGCGGUAGUCAUCUACAGUGUAGAAAGGCCAAAGCACCUAGCAUCAGCUCGGAGCUCUUCUGCAACACACAAAAAAAAAAAAAAUAGAUGAAUAAAUUUUAAAUGAAACAAAGCACUUUGCCAGCAGGGUAAUAAAACAAUGAAAUGGCACUCAACAGCAGCAGUUCAGAAGCAGAUUCAAAAAUGCUCUCAUCAGCAGUGCUCUAUAUUGGGGUCUUAAACAGACUUGUAAAUAUUAGCAUUUAAAAAUACAUUGUGUUUAUCAGUUCAAAGAAAUUUAGCUGGCCAAUACUCAGCUGAAGAAAAGUUAACAUCUGGAUGAAAAAACUCAGUUAUUCUGGGGGAUAAGGACUGGGCCAGCAUCCUGAGUUCACUGAAGGGCACACUGAAUAGGGCGGGGUAUCGUCAAUUAGCAUGCUUUCUUUGAGCCCCAGACAUCUUUCUGUUGAACUGACGACUUCCAAUUCGCUGUCAGUAAUUACUGCAUUUACAGGAAUAGCUUUCCCGACACACACAGAGAAUGUUUGAUUAGCAGGUUGGAAGAAAAGGUCAGGAUGUGGCAUUGGCUUUCUGCUGCUGGAUCCAGGACAAGCGCGGACAUUGCGGGUCACUUCUAAUCAGGUCAUAGAGCCGGGAAAUGAUCAUAGUAAUUGUGUGUGUUUGAAUGAGUAUUUGUAUGCAUGUGAUGAUGCCAGAGUGCCUCUGUGUGCGUGUGGGCAAUUCAACUGGGCACAUUUAGCACAGGAAGUGCAGCAGUGAGAUGUAUUCAGCUGGUAAUGUUGGCAUGAGUAGGAGCAGAACAGUGGAUGGAGACAUGCUGUGCUGCAGAAUGCAUGGCAGCUGAUUGCCAUGCCAUUGCUUUGAUCAAGGCUUUUUUUCAGCGGGCUUCCAGCAAAAUGUGGCGCCCUGCAUGUGCCUGAUUGUCCUAUCAGAUAUUCAACCAUAUAUGAUUCAUACAUACCAAAUACCCUACAAAUAAUGAUGUAUAAGCCCCCAUGGGCUGUUAAGAUUGUAAUCAAGAGAACAAUCAGAAGCAAUCAAUCCUGCCAUGAAUACAAUUUGAAUGCAUGUUCUGGCAAAAUAUUCAUGAAGCUGGGAACAACUACGCUGAGCUGCAACUUUUCUAAUGCCGUCUGUGUUUGGUCAAAGGAAGUCUGGCGAUGCAAUGCAGUCCUCAGGGGUGGAAAAAGUACUAAAAUAUUCUACUCGAGCAAAAGUAAAGUUGCUUUAAUGAAAUGAUACUUUAGGAGGAGUAAAAAUACCAGUCAGGUAAAAGUGAAAUUUAGUUUGAAAACUGAGUGCUUGCUUUUAACAUGAAGGUGGGGAGUGAGAGGGGGUUGAAAAGUAAACUCUCAGCACUCAGUAAAGUGACCUGUCCAGCUUUCAGGACAGCUUGUACAAAUAAAAAUCAGAUUGCAGCUCGCAGCUUACCUCACUAUUGUUGAAAAGAGGUGACAGCAGUACAAAAAGCAAUGUUUUGCUGAUGAGUUAUUGACCUGAGAAGGACAAACCUGUGAAUGUAUUCCCAACUUUGCAAGAGUACUUGUGGCGACUACAAAAUGCAUGUUAUUUUCGCCCUCAAUGUUACUUCAACUGGCCACAAGGAAACAGGCGGAUGCAAAUCAGUCUGUUGCAGUGUAAAAAAUAGUGAAGUACAGUACUCUAGGGUUACACAAAUACUUCAGUAAGGUACUGAUUUAAAAAAUACUCAAAAAAGCACAAUUUAGGGCAAUUUACGACAAUAACCGACAUCAUUUUGCUCACAUCGGUUUAUUCAGUGUCAAAAAAAUAAACAAAUAAAAGUUAGUUUUGGGUGUGUGUAGGUAGGCUAUCUUCUCAUGUCCCUUUAAGAUGCUGUCCUAAGUCAGAGAUGUGACUCCACCCCAUCCAGUCCGUAACAAGGAGGGACAGACAGGUGAGGAGAUGGAGGACGGUUCAAAAGUUGUAGCAGCUGGAGUAGACGAAGUUAAUGCGAGAGGGGGUGAGCAGCUUGUGGAGUAGUUCUCAUCCAUUUAUCGGUAUCAAGGUGAAUUACUCAAUAUAUUGAGAUAUUGAUUUGAGGCCAUAUCGCCCAGUUCUAGCACAAUUCCACACACACACAGCAACCCCAUUUAAUUAAAGUAACCUGUUACUCUCCACCCCUGGCAGUCCUUUUCAUCAGUGUUAGUCCCUCAGGUGGGUUAAUAAAAAGGCAGAUGGCUGUAAAACAUCACGUCACAUUAUUCUAAGUUAUCGGCACCAUUCCAGCUCCGGGUUUGUAUUUGUCUGUCUGAAGCCGCGAUUAUAUUUUCUACACUGUACUGAAGCCAAGCUCCGGUCUAAGCUAUACAUCUUCAGGCCUGAUAUCAGUCAAGUUGUCUGUGAUCUUUUAUGAAUGCAUCUUGUCCUCAGAGUGGGUUGAUCAGACAGGCUCCUCUGUGAAGACAAAACAUGGACUCACUAUUGGGUAUAUUGUAGGUGUGUUACAGUCGAUACAGCCAAGCAGACACACUUACCAUAUUGAUUUUCUUUCUUGUGUGUUCCCACUGGAAGGACAGACUUUCACCUGUUAACAGCUAUUAUUGUACUUGAGCACCAUCGGGCUGAGCCUCAGGCAACAGUGAUGCUGUUUUGUUCCCUACAACAGUGACCGAGAUACUGUACAGUAUGUGCAUGUCACGGCUCUGCUGGGCCUCUCACACAACACUGUGGCAACCACCAUUAGCGGGUAUUGUAGACAUUUUACAGCUCAGUGGAGAGAGAGCCUCGCUCAUGCAAGUGGACACAAAUAUGGAGAGGUACUGACAAACACUCGAUAGAUGCAUGCAUAAGUAAAGAUGCUUCAGUUGCAUGCACAGGAAAAAUCAGACACAUGGUAUGUCACUCAAAGUUACUCGAUUAUUCAGAGGAGAUCACAGAGCCUUAUAUUGCGAAGCUGUGCUGAUGCAAUCUAAACGUGCAGGGUUAUCGUCUCCCCGUGUAAGAUCUUCAUGCCACCAGCAUUCAUCAUGUGGUGAUUUAUCUACUGUCAGCUGCCUGCAGGAAAAAGGUCCUUCUCCAUUUGUUGUAAACGUUGGCCGCUUUGAUUACUGAAUAUACACAAUUCAAUCAGAUGUGCUGUCUUUAGACAACCGGGGUCAAUGCAAGUGUACUUCUGUGGCCUCAGAUGCCACCAUAAAAUGUUAAAGCCCAGAUGAGUUUCCUUCAUCAAAGCCCCACAGGAGCCAUUAAUAGAUUAAACACUCCAUGUUGAAAGCACACCACUGUCUGCCUGCCUGAACCCUGGGGUACAGCCUAUUUAUGUCAUUUAAACCGUUGCUAUGGUAAUAGGGUCACGCUUUGUUUAGGCUGAUUUUGAUCCUGAUAUAUUUAGAAGGCAGUGGGCCUCCAUGUCCAUCAUCUAAUUAAUGAAUUAUGACUCAGAAAAAUAGCCAGUAUUCUUAGAACCAGAUGACGGCAGCAUCUUUCCGAGCUCAGGCGGGGGCUUGCUUUGUGUGUGGCUCGGCUGCUUCAGUCACAACAGCUCUGCAUCAUUAUGAAGGAGGUCUGUGCAAUUAGCUGAGGUGUAAUUCGGUCCUGUGUUUCAGCUGUAGAUCUGUGGCCCGCUGUGUGUUUUUUCACAGUGAAAACAUGGCGAGUGUUUGGUGCUGCCUGCUCCCCCGUAUUGUUAUCUCACCCGGAGCUUGUCCCCAUGACCUCAGGGCUUUGUAACGCUCUACUGCCAUCCAUGGGUGUGCUGUGCACGAAUGCUGCCAUUUCCUCAGUUGGUGGGGAUUUUCACCAUUUGAACUGAUUAAAAAUGCCCUUUAUAGAGCAAACCCACAGGCGAAGAAGCAGAGUAGAUUUUUUUCUAUGUUUAUGUUAUACACAAAGCUAUGUUCGCAUGUCUGUGAGUGAAUGUAGAUGUUCAGUUUUUUGGUUCAUGCAACAAGACAUCGAACAUCACCAGUUAAAGUGUAAGAGCACAGAAUAGAAACGGCACAAGCUGAGACACAUGCAGACUUGAGGAGAAACACAUGAAAGAUGCCAUUUUUCCUUUUGCCAGAGGGGCAAGGGACCACAGAGCGAGUGGGAGUGAGGGAAGUUAAAGGCUAAAUAAGAUUCACGGAGAAGGAGAACAAAAGAAAGCAACAGAGAAUUAAAGAUAAUGAUGCGGCAGAGAAGCAGCAAAAAAGAGGCUGGCCAAUAAUUAGAGUCGAAACUAUGAAGCAGGGCUGUGAAAAUUAAUCAAAAAGGAUUAAAUUAAUACAGGUUAAAUGGCCAACUUCCUCUCUGGCUAAUAUUUAAUGAAAGCUUGUUCUGCCAACAGACUGUGUGAUUGGACAGAUGAUUGGCAGAACCAUAGAUUCUUUGAGGUAUGGCAGAGUGUCCUCAUCACACUCGUUAUUCUCGUCUUUUAUUUGGUCCAUCACUUUUACAAAAAAAGGAUGCCAUUUGACCUUCAAUCAGUGAGAGGAAUUUAAGAUGAAAACAUACCAGUGCGCUCCACUCCACAGCUCAUGCAAACACAUGAGUUAUUAAAACUGGUCUCGGGUAAAAAAAACCUCUGAGAGAAUAUGAAAUGUGGGAGUGUCUGGUGGCAGCCAUUGUCGCCUCUGUAAGCCAAUGAUUCUGUGUCUUUGUGCAGCAAUAACUUCAAAUCUGGAAUAUGCACAAACAGUAAGAGUUUAUAUCUAAUAGAAACAGACAAAGUCCCUAUGGUCUUCGGUUCAGACGGCUUAAUGCCUGCUGACUCUUGAUAAAUAUUAUAUCAGAACAUUGCAUGUGUUUACUCACUGAUCAGUGUGAGACAGUCUGGGUUAUUUUGAGAUCAGAAAAAUAAUUACUCUGUGAUCAUUAGGAGAGAAAAACAUUAAGAGCGUUAGGCAUUGCCUCUACUACCAUCCAUUAUUACUGCUUCUUACUUUUUAAAGAUCAGUUCAAGUUCAAAGAAAGGAAUUUGUUUGGUCUGAGUAAAGCGGGGAUAGAAUUUGUAGGGUAGGCAUAAUGUCAUGUAAGAUCCUCACAAGAAUAAUGUUGUAUUUAAUCACCAUCUUGCUACUGCAGGAAACGAUUUAUGCUUUAUGAAACAAUUAAACAUUAAAGCUGAACAAACUGAAACCAGUAAAGAACAUUUUCAUCCAAAUCAUCCAGUCUACUGUUUGAAAAGUGUUCCUCAUAAGCCUGUCGGGCUCUUGGAUCAUCCUAGAUCGAGCAUCAAUAAGCAUAAUUUUGAGAUAUUUUCAGCUCUUUUACUUCAAUGACUUGUUCUCUUCGCAAAGACUGUGAUAGGUAAAUACAGACCCGGAGGUAAAGGGUGUCUCUAUCCAUGUUUGGAUCUCUGCUGCCACCAUGUGAAUAUGUCGGUAAGUGCAUUCUCUCCAGGAGCUGCAAUAAUGGUGAUGGAGAUAAGAAGCAUGACUUAGAGCAGUGGUUCUCAAGUCCAGUCCUCGAGGCUCACUGUCCUGCAUGUUUUGGAUGUUUCCCUGCUCCAACACACCUGAUUCAAAUGAUCAGCUCGUUAUCAAGCUCUGUAAUGGCUUAAUAACGAGCUAAUCAUUUGAAUCAGGUGUGUUGGAGCAGGGAAACAUCCAAACCACUGGACUUGAGAACCACUGACUUAGAGCAUAGCACAGAUUUCUUGGCUAAAGUUUCAAAGUUAACACCACCACAGCUGAAUCAGCUUAAGUAGAACAUUCAUAUGGAUAUGAAAUGUUUUGGAUUUCUUAACUGGUAAGAUUCACUUCUGUAGCUGCAGCCUGAAAGUAUUCCAGAGAGUGGUUUAUAGCUUUAGAGGGGAAAUCCAUGUCAUGUCAAAUUAGAUGAAUUGAGGGACGUACUGUCAUUUGGCACCAGUGUAUAUCCAGCAUGCUCUUGGACAUUGGCACUGGCAUUGACGUAAUCCUGCAGCAGUGUGUUUGUGUGUGUGUGUGUGUGUGUGUGUGCAUUGUAGCUACAAGGAACCUUUUUCCUUGUACUACUUGUAAAAAUAAGACUGUAAAUUGUAACGCCAUAUGCACUCUUAUAUCUCUUUAACACUCCCUCAUAAAGUGGUAACUACAUUUUUCGAGCUCCAGAAUUGAGUAAUAGCUGUGAGAGUCGCUGAGACUGAAUGCAGUUUUACUGGUAACCACAGGGGGGCAGUCUUGCUACAUAAAUAGGAGGCAACCUCACGAGUGAGACUGAUGUGGGAGUCAGCAGGUGAGCAGAAGAGCACUGAACAAUUUUUUGGAUGAGACUCAGAAAGCUGUCUCUCCUCAUAUCACUUCACAGUCCUGCCCCACACUCAGGAGCCCCUAUCUGUCACCCACUGUGACUGCGUGGGGAGGGGAACUCAAGCGAAGGCUGACAAAGUGGAUAAGUCAGCAGGCCAGGGUGCAAGCAAGAAAUAGAGAUGACCUGGACGUUUUUGUUUUUUUUUUCUCUUCCCAGAGUGAGCCGUCAUUUUAAUGCAUGGCUGUUUAGGGUGUAGAAAUGACACCGCCUGCAGCCUGGAAUCUCGCUGUCAAUUGUCGAGAGGAGAGGUGUCAAAAAGCAAUUCGAGACACCCUUCAAUUCACAUGCUGCUUUAUUGCAUCUCACCAAAUUGUAUAGAGGGUGGGGGCAAACCCUGACAGCAAUGAUUUGAGACAAAAUACAUACCUCGCACCCAGGAAAUGGAUAUAAACCUGACCACAUGUGAAAGCUGUCCUACAAUGAACCUAAAGGUGAGCAGACAUGAAGCCAAAUAUCCGUCGACACUGGCUUAUGUGCUACGGCUGCUGAAAGCCACCAUGUGAGUCCCCUUCAUUAAAGGGACGUAUGCUAUAAGAGUCAUAAGUAGAGAGGCACUCCUAGUUUAAUUAAUCAGUUUACACUCCAACGACAAAAUAUUCCUGGAAAUUUGCAGCAACUCUUCCAGAGCUUCAGUUUCAUAUCAUGUAGUACCUGUCAAGAAGAUGUUGUAACCUAAUUCAGAGUUACGGUUACGCCUCAGGCAGAGCGCACUUAGUAGGAUGCUGAGGAAGUGCAAGCAACAGCCUGAUAUCAGAUAUGUCAUCAUGAAGCAGAAUGACAGACAAGCUGUCAGAAGCAGCCAUGGGCAGAAGCACCUGGAUCUCUCCCACAUUAACGUCUCACUGAACCACCUGUCUGCAUCUCCCAUCCCGAGCCCCUAGCCAACCUGAAAUCUUAUCUAACCCCACCUUCAUAUCAGUCCUGCACUCCGUACAGACAAUGUGCUGAGGAUGCCAGAGCAUCUUCAGUGCCCUGGAUGCCCUGAGCACUCACAUGUCACAUAACAUAGAGCAGAGAUCAGCCCUCAGUAAUCAGUCUCUCUCUGAUCUCCACGCCUCAGAAAUGUGUUCUCGCAUAUACAACAAGAUGUGAGUCAUGAAAGGACAGCCAAAUGUCAAAGACAGAGAGAGGGAAAGAAAAGAAAGGAUACAUGCAUGCAAAACAGGGCUGGCAAGAGCAGAGCAGCGGCUGAUUGGGGAGGGGAUGAGACAGAGAGGCAGCCAAUGCGCAGCUCUGCAUCUUGAGGAAGAGAGGGAACGAGACAGAGAGAGAGAGAGGGAGGGAGGGAGAGAGAGAGAGAGAGAGAAGGGGAGGGUGAGGGAGAGAGAGAGGAAAGGAGUGAGUGAGAGAGAGGGAGGGGGGUGAAGCAGGAGCAGUCACUCUGGGAGGGAGGAUUCCAGGGUGAUGCUGUUGGACGUGAGCCGUUCUCCGCUUAGCGCUCUCUGGCUGUCCUUUGACUGAGCCAGAGCUGAGUGAGUCUGCUCGCUGUGAUCCACCGGCUCUGGGGGGAUCUGCUGCUGCUUGGACUGAGGCUGAAUCUGACUGUCCGUUUCCCUGCCGAGGCUGUCUGGAGCAGAGAAGUGUUGACUGGAGCCGAGGUCCAGGGCAGGGUAGGGCAGGGCAGGGCAGGGCAGGGCUGGCUGUCGGGCCAUUUUUCUGGGGCCCCACAGGAGGCAAACAUGAGUGUCCCCAUGCUCAAGAUCGGGGCGGUGCUCAGCACCAUGGCCAUGGUGACCAACUGGAUGUCUCAGACCCUGCCCUCUCUGGUGGGACUCAAUGGGACCACCAUCUCCAGAGGGGGCACCUCGGAAAGGAUUGUCAGCGUGCGUAUGACUUUCUCUGCUUUUUUUUUUUCCCUGAGUGAGCGUUCAUUCAUGCUUCUGUCCUGAAUGUGAGAAAUGAAAGAGAGUGGAGGAUGAAAGAUGAAGAUAGCGGAAAGAGUGGGGUCAUGUGUGAGCUGGUAUUUGAACUAUGAAGGAUUUCUCAUAAAAGUCAGACUGUGACACCUGGGGAUGUUUUAAGAGAGAUAAUGAGGGUGCAGACUUGAACGUGAGAGCGGUAUUUUAACGAAACAUGACUGAUGCACAUUUUCCUGCGUGAGUCACAUUAAGUAUUAUAAAGCAGAUUUGUUGGCUUCUUAAUAUGAGUGAUGAGAGGUGGAAGACGCAGUGUGGACGGCCGUGGUAAAUCAUAUGUUUGCAGGGGUGACGGGAGGUAGAGAGUGUUUCUGAGUGAUGUUCAGACUGAUCUCAUCUGUCACUCUCCUCCAGGCUGGGAAGGAUGGUGCUCAGAAUCAGAGGUGAUGCAGAAAGCGGGGGGGUUGAGACAAUGCUAUAGUUAUGGAGAUGCCUUUUUCUGCUCGCCCUGUUGGUCCCACAUGAAGAGAGCUCAAGUGUAAAAACAACUUUUCUUUUAGUUUAGAUGUUUCUUUUUUUUUAAUUCACACAUACACAGAUUUCUCUUGUGCUUUUCCAUUAGAAAUCAGAAUCUGGCAAAUUAAUGAGAUAUUUUCUGGUUCAUCAGUGAUUAAUAACUGCUUUGCUUCAAUCCUGAGUGUGCUUUCAUGGCGCCUUUCCCAAUAGGAAAAAUGCCUCGGUCUGUUAGAAUGAUCGGAUAAAAUUGAACAUCCCGAGAGAUCUGUGACCAUCUGGAAAUGUGUGUAGGUGUGUUUGUGAGUGUGUUUGUGUGCUUAAAUAUGUACUCUGAGUAUGUGUUGGCAUUCUUCUCUCAGGGGUGAAAGUCCAUCUGUUUGAAGUUAGCUUUAAUCAUUUAGAAAGUUUGUUAAAACAUCAAUCUGGCUGCUUAUCUGUCCUUAAUAUUGCAGAGAGAGGUGUGGAGCUGAAAUGUUUUCUAUGGGGAAAAAAAAAAAAGUGUUACCUUUGCAAAAAUGUCAAACAUCAAGCUCAGAGUACUUGAGUCCAAACAGUUCUAUUUCUCUUUGUAAUAACUUGUACAUAUUUGAGUCGGUGGUUUAGAAAACAUCAAAGCUGAAUCAUAAUAUAACCUCAGUACCAAUGUCAGCGCAUAAAGCCUGUUUGAAUUAUUUACCACAUAAACUCUGUAAUCCUUUUAAACACAUACUUUUGCUUUGAUGGGAAAAUAGGAAUGAUCCAUCCAUUUAUUUUCUAUACCUACUUAUCUCGCUCAGGGUCAAGAACAUAAAAACAUAAUCACUUUCUUCUUUUUUUUUUUGCUGAAUCAAGACUCAUAACUUGAAGCUAGAUCAUUUCCAUUUCAAACGACUGAAGCAAUAAAACACAACAUGUAAUAAUGAGAGGAUAUUUUCUUUGGAGUAACCCUCGUUCACAGCCUAUGGAGGAAAUUGUGGCUAUUGAAGUUCAUCAAAGUUUCAUCACUACUGAUGAGCCAGUUUGAUGGUGCCAGGAUUAUUACAGUCUAACAGUGUGUUGUGAUGGGAAAUGUCUCCGCUUUGAGACUGGAAUAAUCUCCCCUCAUAAACAAUGGCAGCGAAUAAAAGUUUAAUGUAAAACCUCGCCUCAAAGUACCAUCACUAUUAAUGAGACAUUUUCCUGUGAUGAUCUCAGACGCGGUCAUGACUCAUACAAUGUUUACAGCGCUAAUCAAAGAUAAUCUAGCUUCACUCUUGUGACACUGGUGCUAGUUUGCCCACUGGCCGUUGCAUGGCUUUUUCCCCACCCUGGCACCCGUGCAUCCUGCGUCCCAUAUUCUCGCAGCUCAGAGCCAUCUUCAAAGUCUGCCUCACUUGCUUUCUGCAUCUGUCUACAAACCAGCUGAUCUCUGAACACAGCUGACUGAGUUGAUGUGGAUCUUCCUGCCAUGGCACUGAGCACAACACUGCCUGGAUGCUUGUACACAUCUGGAUAGUGCAAAAUCGUGUUUUCUAAUGAGCACAAGAGACGCUGCAAGUGGAACGCUUACAAGGAUCUGGUGUGGUUAAAGUGUGGGCAAAGGAAGGAUGUAGACCUGCCAGAUUGCACACCAAAAAGCUGACUAAAAUUCAUCAAACUGUACAUCUGUUUUUAUCUAUAUAACCUUAAAGCUAAAGGGAAUUCGUAAAACAAGAAAACUAGUGUGAUUAAUCUGAAUAACCUUCAAACUUAGGAGUAUUUAUUUAGCUUUAGGUGAGCUACAGGCUUAAAUAAAAACACACAUUAAGAGAGAGGGACACAGUUGAAAGCCCUAUAAUGAGGAGCUGUGAGGAGACAUAUAAUCGAAGCUCUUUAAUUGACUCCAUCAAUUCAUCAUGGAUAAAUAAAUAUGUAUGACACUGAAGUGAAAAAUCAGAGGUUCAAUCAAUUAUCCGUCUGAAAUAAUCGUUGACAUUUAAACACAUUACACACCGUUUCACACAGGUAAGUGGUCUAAGCAGGCAGAGGUAUGAGUAAUUACUGCAUGGAAGCUAGAGUUAUGGAGUUAGAUUGAAGAAAAUAUUCCUUGAGUGGGAAAACUACCCCCACAUGCUCUUUCAGCAUUAUUUCCAGAGCUUCAUUAAGAGAACACAAAUAGUCUUUUUAGAAACUAUGUGAAACAAAACUUAGAAAAGUGAUGAUGAAUUUGUUCACACCAUGUUAAUGCAUUUGAAGAAAAUUAGAGCCACCUCUCUGUUCUUCAAACGAUUAACUAUUACAGUGUGAAACAUAAGCUAUUUGUGUAAUCUUCAACACCCUCAAGCAGAAGUGUGAAAUGUCUAAUCCGGAGUAUUAACAAACAAUAACAACCGCUUAAGCCAGUUGAAGCAGCUAUGGCUCAGUGACUCCAGUGGGUUAUCUAGUGAAAGGUUGGCGGUUUGAUCCCAGUGCUGCAGUUACAAACUAAAAUGUCCUUGAGCAUGAAUGUGUGAAUGAGGUAUGAACGGGUGAAUGAGGUGAGUAGAGUCACAGUGGUUUAUGAAGAUUAGACUGAUUGUCUCUGAGUGUAACUUCAUCUGUGCGCAAUACAAAACAGAGAAACCUUCUUUCCUAAAUUGUAUUUGAAUUUCCAAUUAGCGUUUAUGGCUUACGCUGUCAAUUUCUAAGUGAUUGCUCACUAACUGAGAAGUUCAUUUUUCCUGGAGCUGAGCCAGCGGUGCAUGCAUCUUAGAUGUAUUGCUCAGCAGUAAUAUACUGCACAUACCAGGAAGUAUUGCGCAUAAGCAGCCUCGCUCUGUCACAAUUCUCCGGCAGAGCAGUCAAGCUCCGAUGAACUCUCCUGGAUAUCAAGAUAGACAAAACACUGGAUUUGGGAGGGAUGAGGUUUUCUCAUGCACACAAUCCUCUGCAGCCAUCCUGCAGGGCGGCUGUGGCUCAUGAUCCUUUGCAUGGGCAAGACUCUGAACCCCAAAUUGCUCACAGUGACAUAGUAAAUGGUGUGCAAAUCCAUAUGAAUGGGAUUAGUUGAUACUGAUUCCUACUUUAGACCCUUUUUGGGCUCAGUCCACAAUGACAUGAUGGUACUAGCUGGAGGUGGAGGCGAAACAAAGCAGAACUGGAGGCAGAGUAGAAAAGGUCAUGGGGGCUACAGGGGAAUACUCAACCACAAAUAUGAAAGUAUUCUAGUACUUCAGUUUGUCCAAAGUAUACACACCUGCUUUUUCUUUAAGUUACAUGUACAAGCCCAGCAAUUCCACCUCUGGCAGUCCUGCCACAUCACCCAUCCACUGAGCUCACAGGUCGGCCUGUCUGUUCUCAUUUGUCAGAGUUAACUAAUUCAAGUAAAACUCUCGGUCCCUGAAAAUGCCUCAUUUACUCAGAGAGACCUGAGUUGUCUUCCCUCAUUGUUGAACUCAAGACAAUAACAACUUGCUAGCCAACGCUGAUUAAACUUCCCCUGCCUCCAACAAAGUCCUACCAACUACAAGUGCCAUACUGUUUACCAACACUAAAAGGGUCUAUAGCAGCCUCAGUGAAUGAAUGAGUCCUGAAUGGGUGAAUGACGCGAUGGAAGUUAGGGCUGGGCGAUAAACAGAAAAUUUACUGAUACCAAAUUUUAUGACAAUAACCAACAUCAAUAAAUAAAAAAAAGUUGGUUUUGGAUGUGUGUCGGUAGGCUAUGGUCUCAUGACCCUUUAAGACACUGUCCUUCAUCAGAGACGGGACUCCACCCCAUCCAGUCUGUAGCAAAGAAGACAUGGAGGACGGUUCAAAAGUUGUAGCAGCUGAAGGAGACGAAGUUAAUGUGGGAGGGUGUAAGCUGCUUGUGGAAUAGUAAUCGUCCAUUUAUCGUUAUCAAGGUGAAUUGCUCAAUAUAUUGUGAUAUUGAUUUGAGGCCAUAUCGCCCAGCUCUAAUGGAAGUCCAUUCUAGGAUGCAGGUUUUGAUAGAGAUCUCUAGUCCCCCGUCUGCAUAUUCUGCAGGAAAAUACAGAAUUUGUAGGUGUGAGACCAGAUUUGGGUUUCAUAAGAGUGUUUUGCUCACAGGAGAAAUCGUCUCAUCUGCUGGUGUCUCGGCAAACAUUAGUUGUACCCAGAAAACACAACACAUCAUAAUGCAAUCUUCUAACCAGCGGGAAGUCUUCUCAUGGUUAGGCCUGAGUCAGAGUCUUUUAACAAACCCUAAUCAAUCAGAUACUCUCCUCUUCCUUUUUAAGAGUUUGUUGAAUGUGAACAAAGGCAACAAGUAAAUCUCAAGCUGGAAGUCCUUUAUUGUCACCCCUGGAUACACCAUUAAGUUUUCCAUCAGUGAGAGGUUAUGUUGGUGGCCCUGGUGGUGGACUGACAUUUGAUUUUGCAGCUGGGGGAAAGUUCUGCCACAGAAACACCAAAGAGAUUAAAACUUAAGUUAUCUUGAUAAUAAAGUAGAAGAGCUAAAGUCGAACUUUAAACACUAAUUCUAGUCUUCCAUUAUAGACGUACACAUACCUGAGUGAUGUCUAUAGAGAACUUAAACCCACAAUAAUGUAGGGAGAGACUGAACAGUAAUGAGACAGUAUGUGCGUGUGUGUUUUUUAAGUGUGUGUGUGACUCUCCCUUUGAUAUCUAAAAUAAGCAAGCUGUGAGGCAGAGAGUGGAAGAAAAUAUUCUCACCAUCAAAAGGGAGCGUGGAACAACAAAUGGCAGCAUACACAGAGCCAAGAAUCAGAAUCUGAUUGGGGUCACCCAGCCUCUGUCCAUCGGGUGUGGGGGACUGUAAACUUUAUCACAUCCACUGUGCAGUCCAAUAAAGCAGAUUGUAAAGAUCGAUUCUUGGCUAUGGAUUAAAGAUUAAACACUGCUGCAGAUUUUUAUUUCAGCACUUUGUUUUUAUGUUCAUAGCGCUGUGUUCCUUUAGCUUUAUAUGAGUUCAGAGCCUGACAGGUGUCCUCCACUGCCCGGUCAAUGUGAACGUGUUGCGCUCAGUCCGGAUCUCGGCGAAAGCCAGUCUUGUAACGUAAUUUUUAAAUUGUUCAGAUACAUUAACUAAUUAUACGAAAGCCUGUGUACAAAGCUGUAUCGAUCCCAGACUCUACUGGGCUGGUAAUCAGGCUUUUGACAUGGUUCAUUUGCCAUGAUGAGAGUGCAAUUUCCAACCAACUGAACUUUAACUGAAUCAUUGCUUUGUCCUCCAAAAGCAAUCUGAUGAUCUUCUUAUACACACACACCCCUGCAAUCCAUAUUUUCCUCUGAUGAAGCUCUGGCUGUGUUCUCACAGCUUAUACAGUGUUUUCUCACAUUAGCCACCCUGCCACUCUCGCCUCCCUCCUCUACUUGACAUCAACUACGGUGAAGCAAUCUUUUACACGCGCUACAGCAGAGCAGAUGCCAAAUACGUUUUCACUGGGGCACCUGGCGCUGUGCUCACAGCCUGCUCCAACAAAAAGGGAUAAAGUUGUAGGUGCUUACUCGUACGUGCGGAGCAUAGUUAAGAGUCAUUUUCUUUCACCCGCCCAAAAAUCUGUGGCUGAACCCCCUCCCCUGCUCGAGCAUCAUUCUACCUUUGCUGUCACUCGUGUGAUCCAGAUUGGACCCAGUGAGCCGCGGUUGAAAAGUGAGCAGGACUCUGCGCAAAAAGGGGUGGCAUCCACAGGAGUGAUGGAGAGCCAGCAGGGAGAAGGGUAUGAUGAGUUUAUGACUCAUAUUAUUGACUGGCAACCAUGCUGCACUGAUUGUGGUAAUCGCUUUUCUUUAGGCGAAGGAGAGACCGGGGACUUGAGCGGGAGUCCUCAUUGAGUUUUAUUUUGAAGGGCAGCAGCUGGCCUGUGCAUUGAGGACUCGCUGAUUGUUCAUUUGCACAGAGGGGGUGUAAAGUGUAUGUUUGUCUGUGUGUGGGCAAUUACAGUAAUAUACCCAGAAUUUGAAAAAUGAGAUUUGAUUGUCUGGCGUUGGCGUGGCUAGAGCUAAACACCGUGUAACAGGGACAGAUGUUGCUACUUUGUUGAGGACAAGUAGAAAAAGAGAGAGAGACACAGAGACAGAGAGAGAAAGAGCGAUAAAGUGAAACUGUAAAACUCGGAUAAGCAAAGUUGGCAUUGCAGACAGAAGCUGAGGAGAUAGAUUAUAUCGGUACUACUUCUUACUUUGUUAUACCUACUCUCAGACUAUCUCACCUUGACGUCCCCUUCAUUCUCAAAAUGUUCCUAACUCGCUCUCUCUUUCUGUGCAACUUUAUCUCCGCUUCUCUGUUCUUGCACUGUCCGUCCUCUCUCGUAUUGCAAAAUCUCAGAUGUGAUGGCAAGUUCAGUUCACAGUGUAGCCAGCGGUCAGCUCUCAUCCCCAUCUCACGAGGACCUGCGCUGGCUUCCGCUCGUUUGCCCCUUCUGCCUGCUGCUUAUGAAAGUUAUAAUAGACUUCCCGUCAUGCUCAUAAAGUCGGGGAGCUGUAGAUUUAUGAUCUCAUUUAGCUCUGGCUUUACAGCAGUAAGCCAGCUCCAGGGUUGGUGUAAUGAAACGCCAGAGGAAGCUCACCCUGCUACUCUCGACAGUGAUACCCGAAGCAACCGAUGUCUGUUUGGAUGAUCGCCUCAAACUUUGUUCAUCAUUAAAAACAAAGAGAGGAAAAGCACUCGGAUAUCGCCCUAGGUUGAUUCAUUGUGCUUAUCCGAAAACUAUAAAUUAGGGACACACAAUAUGAAGAAAAACUAACUCUGGGAUUUAUUUUCUUUCUGUAAUAUAAUAAAGAAUUGGAAUAAUUUCAGAAAUUUACACCAGAUACAUGCCACACAUUUAAAGUGCUUACAAACGAUUGAGAUUUCAACAACUUUAAGUCUAUUUUCUGCUUUCAAAUCAAAUCACUUCAAUCAUAUCACAGUGUUCAGCCCUCUGACAGCUGCUUUGACACCUGUGUGCAGAAAUAGACACAAGUGGAGGUGAGAAUAUAGGAGGAACAACACAUUGCCUAUAAACUUUACAAAGUAGAGCAAUCAACAGACUUAGAAAAUCAAUUAUUUCCAUCCAUGUUAAAAAUGAUCCUUAAUCUGUGCUCUUAGUCCUGUGAUGGUAACUUCUAAUUCAACGAAAACUCAUUGUAGGAGCCAAAUUAUAUUUGUUGAGGGUAUGAUUUCUACUAAGUACGUCACUUCUGGGGAUCGACACUGAGGGUUAAGGUUUUGGGAUGUUUGGCAGGUUAUUUAAAAACACUGGUGUAGUCAGAGACAACGGGUUUUAGUGAGCUCUGAUCAUUUUCUGUUGACCGUUUUUCGCUCAUCCUUCUACCCUUAUUUCAUCAUAUCUCUUUUCAUUUGAAGGCAAAAGUUUGGAUCACUGUUAGACUGUAAGUUUUUAUUUCAUUUUUGAACAGUAGAUCACCUUUAGCACUCAACUGGACCGAUGAAUUAACGUGUCACAGAUGCAAGCGCACCUAAAUCCCAGUCACCUUUAGUUAAAGGACAGCAGUCGCUACACUCAUUGUCAUCUUUAACGUAUUGUAGCGUACUUAUUUUCACUUCACUGCGAUGUAUUGACGAACACUAUCGGGAUAACAUCGACUAAUCUGUUGAUCUUAAAUGAGCGUUUUAUGGGUAUCCAUGAACUCAAGAGUCAUGUGACACAGAAACAAAUACGACCUGCAAAGUGAUCAGUCCUUUUGAUGUAUAAAUGAGAGGCUGAAUGAAAGUGAUUUAAGGUCAAUUUAUCCCAGACAAUAAAAAAGUGGAGACAGCAAGAUGUCUAAAUAUAUUAUCGCCCAGUCAUUCUAUAAAUAAAGAUUAUCAAUGACAACCCCCGUUUAGCCCAUGUGAGGAGUUUUAAACAGGUUAUAAACAGACUGUAAGGGACUGGGAUGCAAUUAUUUACAGUGAAAGAUCAUUUCAAUGCAAAAGACAAUGGGAGAUUUGAUGUCAAUUAAUGCCACUGUGACAAAAAUAGUAGAAAUCAGCGAUAACAUGAGACUCACUAAGGUGUUGGUGCUUGUGUGACAGCAAAACAGGCUGCACUCUUUAUCAACCAAGUCUCAAAUAUUUACAGUUUUAAUCAGCCAGUCUAUUUUUUCUUCAAACAUUGAGUGAAGGAGUUAUUAUCAAACAUUUAUUUUGAAAUUUUUUUGGCAGGGCUUUGAUUUACUUUUCUCAGCCUCUUCCAUUUUUCAAAUCCUUCACUGGGUUGCCUGAUAAAUGUUUUAAAAAGCAGUGAUUUAACAGGAAACACAAUGAAAGUAGUUGACUGAGAUGUAUCUAUGAUUUUCAGAUCGUUGGAGCUCAUGGAAAUUUAAUAAAUAAGCAUCUGACAGGUUAAACAUGAGACACAUAAUGCUGAUACGGGAGUGUGGUGCACUAUAUAGUAGGGCUGAAACGAUUACUCGAGUAACUCGAGUAACUCGAUUAAUAAAAUUCCUCGAGGCAAAUUAUAUGCCUCGAGGAAUCGUUUAAAUCCGGAACUAUGUGCAGCGCACGGUGUUUGACACGGACGGUUAUUUCUGUUGCGCAGCAGCGUGCUCUUUCCGCUCCUUCCGCUGCCGCGCGUUUCAUAGACAUAAUAAAAGGGUAGACCCCGCUGGGGGUGCUGCGCAGCGAAAAAUGCGGCCGCCAUCUUGGUCAGGUCAAGCUUCCCAUACGCUCCGGUCAAUCAUAUUCAUUCAUUCAGCGAUGCCGGAGCACUGUGCGGCGUAUUCCUGUGCCAACAGGCGGACAGCAGAGAACAGGGCUCAAGAAAUAACUUUUCACAGUCAUGAUUAAACGUUUUUUAAACAUUACACUUGACUGUAGAGUCAUUUGUAGGCCAAAGAGGAAGACUAUCGGUCAACUCCAAAAAGGAAACAGCAUUUGCGAACAGCUAGCUUAUUCACAAUAAUAGCAACUUUGGUCGAUUAUCAACAGAUUUGCAUUAGAUUGAAAAACUUUUGUUUGAGAGAGGUUCUAAGAAACGUUAAGAAAUAAAAUAGAAAGAAAAAGGAAGAAAGUGAGCUCUGUUUUAUUAUCUGUUUUAUUAAAGAUUUCUUUGUGGUGAUCUCCUGUUUCAUUUUGAAGAUUUCCUAAGAACAAAAACUUGAGGAAGAAGUGGUAGAUUGCUGUUAGAGGGAGAAAUUCGCAGCAAGUGAUUCCUCUGUGCUGUGUAGCCAACAAGCAAAUUGAUAUGUAGUUUAGAUGCUGUCCUGUCAUGCUGUUCUUGUGUUUAAAUCUUUUUGAUAUGUAGGCUAUAUAUUUGUGUGUAUUUUCCAGUUAUUAAAAUAGUGCUUCUAUAUGACAUUAUUUGUGUGUGUCUACAAAUGGAUAAAUAAAAUUAAACUAUAUAAAAAAUUAUAAUCAAAUCAAUAUAUAUUGAAUUGGCCUAUUAAUACCGCCAGUUAUUAAUAAUUAUUGAGACAUAGCAGGAACCUAGCUCUAAACCUAAAUAUAUCCUUGAUUAAUUGUUAUACUAUAAUACAGCCACUGCUGCCAUGUUCUAAAAUAUCAUUUUAUUCAUUCUGAGUAUUUGAAAACGCCAAAAAAAAUAUGGCCUCUAUCAUGCCUCUUUGAAUGGCGUUUGCAGAGAAGAAAAUUACGUAGUAUUGAGCGAACUAUGAUUCAUUAAUGCGCUCAGACUUCAUUCCGCCGGUUAAACAGCGGUGCAGAGUGAGGCGGAUGACCGGACCAAGAUGGCGGCCGCAUUUCUCGACAGCGCCCAUUCGUGGUAGCGGCCGAUGCAGGGUCUAUCUUUUAUUAUGUCUAUGGCGCGUUUGGUUCAAUCAUGGAGGGAAACGAGGACAGACAGAGAGAGGAAGAAAGAGAUGACACGCAGAGGAAACGGCAGAAAGUGUCUAAAGUGUGGGACCAUUACACACUGAAAAGGAAAGAAAACGCCGUGCAGUGCGUUUACUGUAAGGCGGAGUUGGCGUUUCACAACAGCACGUCGUCAAUGCUGCAGCACCUUAAAAGAAAACACCCGGUCCAUGCAUUAAGUCCGCUCUGAGGCAAACGUGAUUCAAUGCAAAGUAUUACAGUGAGAGCAAAACAUUUCUUAUCCGAUUACUCGAUUAAUCGACAGAUUAAUCGAUAGAGUACUCGAUUACUAAAAUAAUCGAUAGCUGCAGCCCUACUAUAUAGUGAAACAAAUUUGAAUGAUUGUAAAUCCAACUCACAUAACUGGAUUAUACUCUAUGAGCUGAUUUGAAUCAGAGCUCUCUGGUCUGCAGUGUGAAGGACACAGAAAAGUGACGCUGGAAUAACAUUUUCUUUUCGCCACUUUUUAGCUUAGUAAUGACCGCAACUUCACAUCUCCUCUUUAACUGUCUCAGCAGGUUUGAACUCAAACAGUCACUCAGUUUUGUGACUGGGCACUAUUUGAACUAAGUUAUAGGAAAUAAGAGCCAUCACUUCUCCCCCUGUCAGCCUUUCUCAGACCACAACUCUUCCUUUUCUGCCUAUCAGUGCAUCAGGAGCUUCCGCUGUAAUGUUUUAUUUAUUUAUUUACUGGGAUGCUAGGAGGUUGUGGUAGGACAACAUGCCAGCAGGGCAUGGUGGUACGUCAUACGACCCGGUCUGUCACAUGUGAUGUCAUGGGAAGCGUGGAAACCCUGAGGUGAUGCGAAAGAGUCGAGCCAGAAAUCUUAAAAGAGCAAUUUUGGCUUUAACACGCAAGCUCAAUUGAUUUUUCAUCUCUAAGGCUCUCUGCGGUUCUCUGUUGUUUUUAUUGCUGCUGUCUUCUUUCUUAAUGGGCUUUAGCACAGCAGCCAUGACUGUGACAGCUCUGAAUCUGGCACUUACAUAUUCUAUUUCAUCCUUCACAUCUAAUGGUUGGAUUUCUGGAGGAGUCAACUGGGAAACUCCUUUCUCUUGAAGCCACAGCCUGUCUGGGAGGGGAGGAUUAUCUCACAGACCUGAAGAGCUCCUGGCUAGCAGACACUGAUGGCAGGUUACUUGAUCAUCACUGCUCUGUUGGACCAGCUUUUACUCUGCAAAAUAGAAUUUCAAGUGUCUUGUUUUCCUGCGCUAAUGAGAUAUCUAUUAUUUUUAUGAUGGGCUGCCUGGUGUAAGCAUUAUGUUAAAUGACCCACUGUCAAUUACCCACCCUUCACCACAGAGAGCAGAUUUCAUCCUGUUUAUAUAAAUAAGCCCACAUUUAAAAACAUACUGAAGUUUGCUAGUUGCACCCCAUGAGAUUGGCUGUUUAUGAGCGCUGGUAUGUGGAUGUCUGUGCAGAGGCUGGGGCAGAAAACAUUAGCAUUAAAGAAAUCCACUUUCCUCCCUGCUCUCUAUAUAGCGCCUGUUACUGCGAUGAAAAUGGGGAAGUUAACGCAGAAUGGAUAGGUGGGUGGUAAUGAAAUUGGACCUGAUUCAAAUAAGCUCUUAAUUUCAGCCCGGCAUUUAUGAAACAUUAAUGAAGAGGGGGGAAAUCUGUGGCUGAGAGAACUCCCCGGCUUGGAAGGAGCACAUGAGGAGCACAGCGUGAGUUCAAACAUGUUGUGUAAUGAAGAGGGCAUUAUGCUAAUGGCGUUGACAUGACUCCGGUAUUACCUUCCUGACUUCUGACACCGACCAAAAUGAAACACAUGGUCAAGACAGCAGUGAGACGACCAACUGUGGCUCACUCUCAAGCUGAUAGCGGCUAUGAAAUAUUGAUGCACACUUCUGCACCCAUUGCAGCAAUCUUUCUUAACCAAAAGUGAAUAUCUGGUGCGUGGGCAGACUGCCCACACAUGUAUGGAUAUGAGGUAAUUUUAUUGAAGGCAGGAGGUUGUGCAUAGCCUCAGAGUGGGAAACUUAAGUGGAUUUUGCUUUUUGAGGCAAGCUUACCUGCACCUGUUCACACUGCAGGAUAUCAGCUGUGAUGAGAAGCCAGUGUACCAUAGUGUGGAAUAACAAUCCACUAUCUUACAUAUAUUUAUAGUCAUGUAGCAGCGAUUGCACAUGCUCUAUAUCUAUAGUCUUGCAGUGAGCACAGCUGCAAAGAAAUCCAAUAAAACCCUCUUGGGGGGGCGGAUUCAAUGUGCAACUGCACAGCAUGUUUCUAGAAAUCCAUAAUUGAAUAGGUUAAAAUUCAUGUACAGUAUGACUAUACAUAUUUCAUGUUCUUGCAUGUUCAUUAGCAGAUAUUGCAUGUAUACUUUGACAGAGGCGUGAUCACAGAAAUAUUUAAACACAUGAGCGCUCACGCAGACAUGAUGCUCCAGUCCUGACAGUGAGUGAGACUCAGAAAGAAAAGCAGACAGCAGAGAAGAAGCUCCCCCUCAGGCGUUGGCAGGAUGAAAUAGACAGUCAGAUUGAGUUGAAAGAACUGAAGGAGGUCUUGCUGUGGAGAAAGCCUCUUUUGUUUUGUCUUUGCUUCAACUCUGGCCUCUGAGGACCUCCGUCUCCCACCUCCACCCAAUAUCAUUCCGACGCUGGAUUUCCUCAAAGAAGAAGACUAAUGAUAGGAGAGAUGCUGACUGAGAAAGGCGUGCAGACCUCUGCAGGAGGCUGCCCACUGACUCGCAAAUCUGCAUUGAUAUUAAGAAUAGUGGGAUGCUAAUUUACCCAAUGAGCCAGUGAAGUCCACUGUGAGUCAUUCAUGUGCAAAAAGGACAUUUGGUCAUACUAAAGCAUUAUUAAUAUAAGUGUGUAAUAUUCCCUGAAUAGAAAACGAGAAGAGAAUAUUACUCCUGGCUCAGUUUAAUUAAAUUUGUAUGUAUUAAUUUCUAAAGUGCGGUCUAUUUUAAACACUGAAUAUAAUGAGGGAUUAAUGUGAGAGCACCGUGAUGCAUUAUGGCUGCAUAUUGUGAGGUUGACAUUAGAGUAUAUUCGAGUGUAGCUCACGUAGCUUUUUUUCCUUUUCCUCCAGUUCAUUUGAAGCGAGUCCGAUUUAAAAUUCAUUCAUUCUGAGAGUGUGAGGGAGGAAGGCGGGAGCCGCAGAGGCAGAGAGCGGGAGAGGAGGGAGAGAAAGGGGGUGGAGUACCAGGGGACUCGCAGGAGUGACAAGAUGUGACAGUGAGCACAUUGGCUUGCAGGGUGGCUGCUACUUUACACUCCAAUCACACGGUCUCCCCCCUGUCCCCCAAGACAUUUUAAUCUGAUCCCCUGGCCCACGAAGAUGAGAAGCAAAACACUGAGCAGGAGAGCUGAGACUCCAGGUUUUAUACCCAGCCUUUUCCCUCCAUUUAUGUGGAAGUCUCUUAAAUUCUCUCACUAAAAUAGCAGCUCCUUUCCUCAUUACACUUUGCUUCAUAUGCUGAGUGAGUGUAGACGCUGUGAAUGAAAGGACCGGCGUCCGAGCCAGGCCUUUAAAAACUGUGUGUACAUGUGCGUGUUCUUGCAAGCACACAGCACUACUUUUGAUUGGAUUAGUCAGAGAGAGACAUCCACCCUUUCAGCCUCGCCCCUCCUCCACUGGUAACGGGGCCGCAUUAUCGAUCCCAAACAGCUCCAUUUCCUCUCUGUGUCCAAACUUAUUAGAUGCUCGGCUUUCACACAGUCUGGCCUGAUCCCUCCUUCGUCCUUCUUUCUCUGAAAUCCUCAUUUUCCCCCCAUUUGUCUUUGUCUUUCUUCAUCCUCCAUCAAGAUCAGACUCUAUCUCCGUCGUGUUUUUCAGCCCUUUGUCUAUUUUCCACUAGUGAUCUUGUCUUAUCUUAAUCUGCACUCGCUUCUCCUCAUUUUCUCCCUCUGACUCUUCCCUAUUCAGUCUCUCUUCACCUCAUUUUCUCCGUCUUUACCGCCGUUAGCUUCACUUUUUCUGUCAAGCUCUGGUUUUGUUUCUCCUUUGAGUUGAUACUGAAUUUAAACUGUGGAGGAUUUUGAAUAGUUUGUUGAAUCAAUUGCAGUUAAUUGUUUUUAGUGAGGAGUAAGAUUUGACAGUAGUGCUGUGUAAUUCACGAACGAUUCAUUCAAAAGAACCAAAUCUUUUAAGAGAACGUACUGAACCGAAUCAGUUCUUCAAGUGAUUCGUCCGUUUCUCACUUCAGUCGCGCUGAAGUGAGAAACAGCAUUGCCAGCUGCAAGCAGCGAACAGCCGGCUAACGAGGGACCGCAUGCACUGACGCCUGAAUCACUUGAUGAACGAAUCAUGCAGUGAACUACACUCUCUGGAAUCUUUUUUGUUGGACAAAACUACCUUUUUUUGUACUGCUAAAUUGCCCCCACAACAACUUGCAUACAAUAGGACACAGCAUGUAACAAGUAGUGCAUUAAACCUGCAGCAUCCUAUCAUUGCAGCGGUUUGCAAGGAAACGGUGCAUGCUCAGUGUGAAUUCUUCUAAACGUUCAGUGAACGAAUCACUCACUGAGCCCAAUUUACCGAGCAGACCUGAUAAAUAGCUUACCAUAGGACAGUACACUUAAAACAUCAUGACUUAUUAUACAAGUUCAUUUUUCAUCCUGAAACGUUCAGCUGUGUAUCAGCUCAGGAGGUCGGAGUCACAGGCUCCUCCCACCAAGUGCGGAAUGAUUCCGUGAUUUGGUGAACGAAUCUUUUGAACAAAUCCUUUUAGUGAACUGAUUCUAGUGAUUCAGUGCAUCUCAAAGAACUGCCAUGCCCAUCACUAUUUGACAGGCUUUCAGGAGAGAAAGCAAACUCUGUGGAGAAAUUAUAACUGCAGCUAAAUUACGGUGACAGAAUGGGCUCGACUAAUCAGGAUAUGGAAUACAUUAAAGAGUACUUUUUUCCUCCACUUUCAUCAACACUGUCAAGCACUGGAUUCAUUUGUUAUUUUGGAAAUGCUUCAUAUAGGGUCCAACACUUUCAAAAUAACUGUGUUGAUACAUGCCGGCAGAUUAAACUUUCUGCACUCAUGCACUUUGAAAAUCCUGCUCAGUAGCAACACUGAUAAACAACAGAUGACAGAAGCACCAUUUCUUCUCCUGGUCUAAGUUAUAUAUGUCUCUCUGUGUGUCUGCAGGCUCUCUACCCAAGCCCGGAGGAAGGCUGGCAGAUCUACAGCUCAGCACAGGACGCAGAUGGGAAGUGUAUCUGUACCGUGGUCGCACCAGCCCAGAACAUGUGUAACCGCGACCCACGCAGCCGGCAGCUCCGCCAGCUCAUGGAGAAGGUGACAGCUGUCAAUAACACACUCACUCACUCUGAGACACGACUGUAGCCCACGCAGACACACCAACAGUCACGCCGCACUGCGCCCGUGUCUGGCACCGUCUGUCAAAAGCAGGCUGCUGAAGUGAACAGUCUUACUUCUUUGCACCUACAGUUGAUCAGUCAUGAAGAUAGACAUGAUCGCAUGUGAAAAACUGUGUGCAUUAAGUGUGUAAACUUUUACUUUUUGACUAACAGGGCUGCUUGAGGUUAAGGGAGCACUGACUGCUUUAAUACAAGAAAAGUUUUUAGGACUGCAGGCAACUUUUACUUUUUUACCAUGACAGGCUCUAAACUUUGCUAACUCAAAAAUAACCAAAACUGUAAAUGUAGAUCUGGUAAAGAACUGGACUGAGCUGGAUAAUGAUGUUGCAAAUAUGAUAGAGGGCUCUGUGGCCAACCACCACAAGCCAUGUGCAAAACAACACGACCUGACUACAAAGUUUACUCAUUGAAAUGGAUUUAGUUGGGCUUUGUGUUACUUUUAUUCGCUUUGUUGUACUAUUCUGAAGCUGCUUAUUCAGGUCUCACAGUGUGAAGCCCUCUAUGUCAGAUGAGGUGGGCAGGGAGUUAGAGAGUAUUUUCAGGAUGAAAGGACAUGAUAACAAAAGCGUGCUGCUAAAGACAGAGUGAAAUGUUUGUAACGUGAUGGCAGACGGAGCUACGGAGAUCUACACUCUUCUUCAAGCUCAGUUGACUUUGUUCAUCCUGUUGUGUGUUGCUCUUCUUUGUUUGCAUCAAUUGAAUUAUAUGAUCUUUAUCAUCCUUGCCCAUUUACUCACAGUAUUAAUGCUGCGUUCGAGUUUAACCCGAGUUACCAGUGUUUCAGUUACCGAGACGGAAAAACACUUAAUCAGAGGCGGAAACAAGAUGUUGCAGAAGGACCGCAUACUUGUCCAGAAGUUGCUCAUACAAGGCAAGCUCUAAAAUAACUUAGUAGAUGUAGCCAUCUUGUUUCUGCCUCCGAUUUUGCUUGGGUGUGAUGUCAUUCCCAGCUCCGAGAUCUGACUUCCGAGAUAACUCGAACGCAGCAAAAUCAAUCAACGGCCCAAUGUAAAGAUGGGAUAAAACUGAGCCCCAUCUUGUGAGAUCAGAACUUGUAGUAGAACAUUUGCAGCAUUUAGAAAGUUAAAGUGCAGAGGAAGAACUUCUCUUUAACAGGCAGAAAACCUUGAGCAGAACCAGACUGAUGUUAAGACAGUCAUCUGCCGCUUCUGCAUUGGGUUAAAGAUGCAGAAAGAGAGAGACGGACAGAGGUGGGACUGUUGAAUGGAGUUGAAGCAGCUUGAAAGCAGGCAGGUCUACAGCAGCAAAUGUCUACAGCAGCGAUCCAGAGCAAACUAUGUCACGAUGGAGCUCAGGGACUCACAAAAAGUGUAUGGUAUAAAAGACUGUCCUGCUGUGUCUACAUCCUACUUUUUGCAGAAAUUUUGUCAAGAGUCUAGCCGCACAAAGUUCAGAUUAAGUCUGGUGGAAACUUUGGUUGUUAGUAUUCACAAAUAGCCGUCUAAUGCCCUGAGUAGGCGGCUAUUUGGGAAGUUUCCAGGCAUUUUGUGCAUGUGCGAUUUACAGUUUAUACUACAUUCGUUAAUUUGUCAGAAUAAACACAUUGGACCAUUAGUGCUUCGUGUGUUUAGUGGCACAGUAAAUCUCCACUCACCGAGUCAUUUUCUCAGACUUGCGCUCAUUCUUCAUUCGCUGAAGUGUAAAAUAGCCGUCAACGCUCUUUAUGUGCGUACUCGUGUCACGUAUGACAGGCACAUAAAUUAAAGUUAUACAAAAAUGUGUACAAACACAAGAGCUUUCAGUAGUCAGAGAGAAAACCAGGGAAGCACUAUUCCAGCGAGCAGACAAUAAAUCUGCGUUUUAUAUACACGGGGUAAAGUGUUAUUGACCUACAGUGCUCUGCAGAGUAUGCAAAUGUAAUUUCCUCCUGGUGUUUUGUGCAUGAACACACACACACACAAACACACCCACACAGAUCAGGGCUAAGACUACAGGCAAGAGAAGACCUCGACACAGGAGUCCACAGCUGCUUUUGACUAACAUCUGCAUCAGCAGCAUCGAUUGUAGAUUUUUAGGCAGUGCUCUCCAACUUCCACUUUUACCCACUUGCCUGAAGCUAAACUAAAAAAAAUGUAGAAAAAGAAAAAAAAAAUGUUUCAUAGCUUUUGUUGCUUUAUGGACCGUGGCAGCUCAUUCACAGCUGUAUUUUUUUUGGACGCUCCAGACUACCAUAUUAGUUUAUGUGUGCAGAUCCACAGAGCAAAGUGAAAGCCUGGGAGCAGACACAGGGAAUAAAGUGGGUGAGACAGGAGGGCUGACAUUGAUGCGGUCUAGUGAGGAGAGGUGGUGGUAAAUUGAGAUGCUGAAUAGGCUCUGAGGUCCUAGUGGAUCAAUGAGACACCUGAAUUCACAUAUUGCAUUCAUUCUCAUUGAAGUUUGCCUUUUCCCCUGACAGUCUCUGUCUGCUGCUCUUUCAAGAACACAUUCACACAGACAAAAUCCACACUCAUACACACUUUAAAGGAUUCCAACAGAGCGGGCCUAGUCUUGCUGCUUUUCAGAGACAGCGGUUACAUUCACGGAGAUACAGUAUUCGCAGGGAUGUAAAUAUGCACUGCAGGAACUCUGAUACACUGUAUUUAGAUGUGUACAUAAUUCUAUUUGGAAAAGUUUGACAUGUUAAUAGUUGAAGGACAAAAAUAGGAUUGUAAAGUUGCUCUGGGUUUUAUUUUCUUGCAGUAUAACAGUCAUCAGCUGUUUCUUUAAAGGGUUUACCAAUCACCAAAAACUCCUGUGAGGAUUUUUUUCUGUCUUUUAGAAAAGACUGAAAUCAAGUCCCUCACUGUUCCUCUAAUGCUACUUUUUUAAACAGAUCUAACCUCUUUUUAUAUUAUUUCUUGAUAUAAUCCAAGACAAGAUUACUUCAACCAAUCAAUGUCGGCUAUUGAUUAGUUGUUCACAUGCAUUUGCAUUCAUUGCAUAAUACUUAAAUCAACGCAUAAAAAAUCUGCGUAAGCAUAUUCUACAACUGCCAGGCUAUUAACAGUUUUUAAGGUUUUACCCUCUACCAUCUCUUAAUUACUGCUUAUUCAUGGCAAGUAAGCAUGUAGCUGUAUUAUUUAACAUCUUAAUAUGCUAACUUAAGGUGUAUGAAGUGGUAGUUACACAAAUAUAGUGACAACAGUGUCCAAUACUAAAAGUUUACUCUCAUGUUAAAACAGGAUAAGUAAAAGUAAAGUAAAAUAUGAACAAGAAAUAAAAUAGAUAACGAGUGAAAACAAGUCAAAACAUGCUAUAAGUAAAAGUGGUAACACUUUAUUUAACGCCUAUCUCUAUAACGCAUUAUAAAUAUAUUUGUAAUGUGUUAUAAUCAUGUUAUAGCACUGUAUAACUGUAGUUAUAAACACUUAUAAAUGAUAAUAAUGCUUUAUAGCAAUAAUCAUAACACAUUAUAAAGCAUUUUAUCAUGACUUACAAGGUCAGGUAUUAUAAUGUGUUAUAAUUGUUAACAACUCAAAGACAAUGCCCACAUAGAUAAUGCAAUGCAACUGUUGUUAACAGUUAUAACACAUUACAAUACCAGACCUUGUCAGUCAUGAUAAGAUGCUCUAUAACGUGUUACGAUUAUUGCUAUAAAGUAUUAUGAUCAUUUAUGAGUGUUUAUAACUAUAGUUAUACAGUGCUAAAAUGUGAUUAUAACACAUUAUACACAUAUUUUUAAUGUGUUAUAGAGAUAGGCGUCGAAUAAAGCGUCACCAUAAAAGCAAGGCAGGUAAGUUUUAAAGAUCUAUUAAUGGUCAGUGAAUGUAGAAUUUGUAUCUACAGCAUCUGUGCUGUAUUACUGUGGCUUGACAACAAUGUGGAUAGUAUUUCAUUGUGCAAGGGUUCCCAGCAGAUAAGCAAGACCAUCAGCGACAACAUUGUGAUUUUUAUGUUCCAGUUUUUGAUCCCUGAAACAGGUGCGAGGGGGCAGGGGCCAGCCGAGCAGCUGAAGAGACAGGCCUGCUUGAUAACUUUCCUCAUAGAAUAUUCACAACAAAUGAUACCCUUGGCUGUCAAAAUCAACCUGAUUACUUCUUUAUAUGUCUGAGGACACUUUUUAAAAAUGUAAAGGGCAAAUUAAGAAAAGACAGCUGCGUCCACAGGGGGCGACAAAAUUGACAAAUUUGAAGUUCCUCACAGGAGCUUCACGUAAACAGACCUUAUGAAGUGCUGGUUUGACUGAAAAGAUAAAAAGUGACCAGCAGAGGUGAGUGGGACCAAUCACAGAAAGUGGGUCAAUCAAUAAGUUACAGCUACCAAUACAGCGACUGAGCCAAGCUAUCUUAUAGAUGAUACCAGAAAGCUUCACAGAAACUACGUUACGUACUUUGAUGAAAGCAGUCUUUACACGGGAAGACAACUUUAACUCAUUUACAUACAUGCAAUAUAUAACUCUCAUGGAUUUCAUCAUGACAGAUAGGUAAUAAUAGAUAGUUAUAGAGAAAACUGACAGCGCAACAGCACAUUAGUCAUGUCUUUGCAAUCUGUCAGUGAGCCAAGCCCGAGUCAGACAGGUGUGGAUUUCAAAUCUUAGUUUUUAAGCUGCUAUUUGUUUUGCUGCAUUGUAAUGCAUGUAUUAUUCUUCACGCUUUGCACCUGCACACUGCUUGUGAGACACCAGUUGUCAGUACUCUUAAGAAAAACAGGCCACAGCUCAGCCUAAUGAGGACACUUGGGGUGAGAAGCUUUAGUAUACAAGUUAAAAGACAAAGUUUCAGUGUGUUUUCUCACAGAAUAACAGCAUGCCUGCUAAGACAUCCUAAUAUGAACCCAGAGCAUGUGGGAAAUGGUUGUAAGCAAGCCAGACUCACAAGGGCUCUUCCUGGCAGAGGAAGCCAAGGUGAUCCUCACAAACUCUAAAAUGCCCUCUGUUGAAGGAAUGUUGAGUAGCAACACACUCAGGUCUACAUUCAGAUUUCUACAAAGACAGGCAAAACAUCAUUGAAAGCAGAGCUUACCCUGCAGGAUGGUGGUGUAAGAAUGUUGUCAGCAGAGUUUGUACACCUCAUCCCCCUCUGACCUCUCCGUCUGAGUGUCUGAAAAGAGAUGGGAUAGAAUGAGAUAGGAGGGCACAGUCGGGCGCUCAAACACACAAACACACUUUGAGUAUUUGGUACAGAGUGAGUCAUUACUCGGGACAUGAGGCAGAGACACCUGUGACUGAUUGGAUUCUUGGAAGUGUGAGGGUGGGGAGCAUCUGACAGGGCCGGGGAACGGCAUGAAAGCCUGUUUUUUGUGGAUUAGUUAUCAUGGUUCAAAGAAUUCAGCAAGUCCAGACUGACAUAACAGCUAAGCAGGAGGGGGGGAGGAACCUGCAUCUGUUUCGACUCCAGGCUGGUGAAAGAGUUCACUGUAACACCUUCGUUCAACUGUUCCAUCUGCACUGCUGUCAAAUUCAAUUUAAUUGGUGUAGAAAAUAUUUCCUGGCCAGUUCAUGAAGCAUGUGGGAGAAGAGUUGGGUGUACAAAACAGUAGGCUUGGACACAAAGUAAUUGAGUGGGCCGUCAAAGAGUAGGCAAGCACGGCAUUUGGUGCAAAACAGACUUAAUGCCAAACUGUGACCUAUGAGAGUUUGGACUGUUUGUGUUUUGUUAGGAGUGAUGUGAAUAAAUAUCUUUGAGGAGUUUCAGUGGCGCGUGUCUGUGGGGGUGAGCGUGUACUUGUGUGGGAGGUCAGACAUAUGCACACGUGAGGCUCCUAUAUGCCCCAACAGCCUAGCAACAUUUGUCAAUGUUCAGAUGAUUUCUGUCCAGUUCAGGGGAGAUGUGCAGGAGAUGAGUGGGUGUAUAAAACAGUAGGCUGGUUAUGCAGCUACAGAGUGGGCUGUCAAAGAGUGAGCAAGCUGAGUACCUAGUAAAAAUUAAACAUAGUGCAGACCUGACUCCUCCGAGAGCUGAGAUUCGAUAAACACCUACUUGACAUGUUUGCUUCUCAUGGGGUUUAUUCUGUUUGCUUUAUUGUUUGAAUGUUCAGAUAAUUUGCGUUCACUUUCAUAGCAAUGCUAAUCGCCUACUACCCUUCUGUUUAUAGGAUAUUAAUAUCACACGCUAACCCCUGAUGACUUUUCUUUACAUAAUUUGUUAAUGUAUGAAGUUGUUUAUAUAACACCUUGAUCAUUACUGCGCUGUAUGUGAUCACUCUGGCCCCUCAAUUUUUUCUUUAUGUUUACCUUUUGCUCAUUAAUUACACUAUAACACUUAUUUAUUUUUAUGAUGAUGUUUUUGUAGAACUUCACCUUUCCUACUAAGGAUAACCUGAGAAAGAGACAGGAAAUGUAGGAUGAGAAAGGGGGAGGAAAUCUGUGUAUCAGGUUCCCACUCCACCAACUAAGCUAACCGGUGACAGCUACUGCCAUAAUGCAAUGAUGCUCAACUACCUGGAUAUUAAAAAGCACCAACAGCAGUGUUUUUUUUAGUGUUCUGCAGAGAACCAGUAUUAUGAUCUAGCAAACAGAGAUAAAGCUGGUUAAACUCAGAUAUCACUCAACUGGAGUUCGUUGUAACCCACUCAGGUCUGUGGGAGAAGGGUCAAAUGCUGGUGGUGCUGAUUAGGAACCUCAAAUCAAUAUCAUGAUAUAUUAGGCAGUUUACCUCAAUAACGAUAAAUAGACAAUAACUACUCCACAAGUUGCUAACCCCCUCCGACAUUAACUUUGUCUACUUCAGCCGCUACAACUUUUGAACCGUCCUCCAUCUCCUCGCCUGUCUUUCCCUCUUAGUUACGGACUGGAUGGGUUGGAGUCACUUCUCCAAUGUAGGACAGCAUCUUAAAGGGACAUGAGACCAUAGCCUACCUACACACAUCCAAAACCAACUUUUAUUUUUUAUUUGACACUGAAUAUAUUGACAUGGGCAAAAUGACGUCGGUUAUUGUUGUAAAUUUUGGUAUCAGUAAAUUUACGGUUUAUCGCCCAGCCCUAGUGCUGAUUCUGCAAAAGUUGGCCACAUCCAGCAAACCUAUGUGACAUCUAUCUGUAGACUCUUUAGUCUUGUGUUUAACUAUGUUGAAUCAAUCAUACUUAAUUUGAUUUUUUUUACUGUUUUCUUAUCUUUAGACUGAUCAGUUUGUGGAAUUUUAAUUUAUGAGAUUUGGGAAACUAGUUGCUCCUGCACACCACUCUGAGUGCUUUUACUCUUCAUGUACUAUCCACUCAUUCAAACAGUGAUGGAAGAGCCCGCUACACCAGUACAAAAUAAUCCCAUUUACAAGCAUUAAUAUGCCACCAUAAGCACUUCAGUGUUGAGCUUCUUUUGAUUGAGAGAAAAGCCACUUCACCACUGGAUCUCAUCCUAACACAAUGGAGGCUUUAUGCUUUACUCUACACUUUUUUUUUUACACUAGAUUUAUUCAAGACCAUCACUUUUCCUACAGGCAUUGUCCAAACAGUAAAGCUCACACCAUAGUUUGUUUUUAUUGUCAUACCCUUCUGUCACUUCUUUAUACUGCCUGAAGGGCCUAAGCAGAUAAUUUACUCUUUAGAGCAAAUACUCAGGUACAACCUCAACAUUGACAUGACACUAAAGCUAAAAUCAUGCUAAGCCAGUCUAUUACUGCAGACAGUUAAGCUGGCUUAGCAGGCUAAGCUGAGAAAAUCUAUCCCUGUAAGUUCAAAACACAAAUGCAUACCGUGAACAAUUUGUAUGCAUGUCCCGGGGGCUUAGUACUGCAUGUGUGUUUAUAUAUUUACAUGUGCGUGUGUGUGUGUGUAUGUGUGACAGGUUCAAAACAUUAGCCAGUCGAUGGAGGUGCUGGACCUGCGGACAUAUAGAGAUCUGCAGUACGUGAGGAACACAGAGAGCUUAAUGAAAGUGGUGGACGGAAAGCUGAAGGUGGCCUCAGAAAAUCCCCGCAGUCUCAAUCCAAAGGGCUUUCAGGUAAUUGGCUGUCUGUCACUUCUGGUACAGUGGUGAGUGUGUUUCUUAUUGUGGAGUGAAUGUAGAUUCCAUUAGAUAUGGCUCUGCUCUCUGUGCGCACACCAACUUUGCCAGACUGCACUGCAAUCUCUUUUGCUCUUUAUGGACGAUAAAAUUUGGUGUGACUUUUGAUAAACUGCUACAGCCGCGGUGCACAAAUACAAUUCUAAAACUAUCUUUGUCAUGCACAGAGACAAUUUCACAUGCUCCUGAAUAAUUAAACCUCUGGACCUGGAAGAAGAUUGUUUUUUUCACUCUGUCUUCCUCUUUCUACAUCAUUUCCUCUCCUUCCCCACUCAAAGAUAUACUUAACAUUCUGGUGACUGCUCUUAGAUAGCAGGCCCAUAUAUUCACAUUUAUCUCUUCCUUAUCUCCCUACAAGCUGAGGCUCAGCUGCCAUUAUCAGUGGGCCUUUUUGUCUUCCUGUCAGCGAGCUGUCUGGCCCUGACUUUCACCACAUUUCUCACACUCUUACAGAUAUUAGAUGGUCCAUAAAAUAGUUUGAUUAAAAGACGCAUUGAUAAAUGCUAAGUGUGCUUUACUGCCGGGUUGUUGCCUCAGCAUUAAGACAAGCGUGAAAAGCUGGUUUGCUUUCCCUUUCAUUGUAUAUUGGGAAAGCAACUCCAAAUGGGGUUGUGAGGAUGUUUGUAAAAAAUAGUCGAUUCAUCAGAAGAACUCUGAACGUAAAUCUGCCGAAUAGUGAGCAUUAAAUUCCAGGACUUUUCUGAAUGCAAAUCUACAAUCCAAUAAAGAGAAAAAAAGUAUUUUAGAAAAGCAGGAUUGACCAGAGCAGGUUGCCUGAUGAAUGCUCGCAGCUCAAAGUUGCCAAUGGCAAAGCGUGGGAGAUUAACGAGACCGAAUUUUCGCAGCUUGAAAAGGGGAAAAUGAGAUUUAUGAUGUGGCGCCACAGGGCUGAGAGCUGCUCCAUCACCAGAUUUACGAUAAACCUUAACAAGAAGGAAACAGCCCCUCCUGUGGUGGCUACACUUUAUUGAUACACCUUUUUCUCUUUUCUACCUUCCAAGCUGGCAGCCGGGCUCUCCUGCUGCUCACUGCACUCCAAUUUAAGGACACAUUGUUCUUUUUCCACUUGUAAACAAAAAAAAAAAUGUCUUACAGACCGAGUUUACCUCCAACCCUGCAGUACCGUGUUUGUACUGUGGUUAAAGUAUAACAACUCAAACCAGACUACACAGUAAACAGAUUUUCAUUUUAUCAAAUUAAAAAUAAUGUGCAAAUACUGGAGCUUUCCAAUCUUUUUAGAGGAUUGUAAAUGGAAAUAAAUAGCUACUUGGGGAUCAUGCAAAGACGCUGACGCAAUUAAAACAAAUGGAUAGCAGCUAGAUCAAUAGUAAGAAAAAAAAAGACUGCAAUUGAGGAGAACUUUGUGUCUUGCUAGAGAUAUUAACUUUAAAGAGGAAGAUAAGAGUCUUUCAAAAAAUCAAACAACUUUGAAGGGAAAUCCAAUUCCAACACAGAAGUUGACAGAUAUUAAAGAAAGACUUUUGAGUAGAUUAUGCUCCAGCACAGUACUUUGAAUGUUAUGACAAGUCUGGUCAAAAAGAUGAAGCAGCUCUGAGCUCCACAUGAGCUCCUGAUUGAGAGAUUAUCUACAAACCAGAGGUAGCAAGUGAAGAUUAAAUGGGCUGUCUCCUCUGCACAUAAUCACUGCUCUCUGACAACAAGUACCAUUUUUAAUCCUCCCCACCACCUUUGCUGCUAUUCCAUGUCUCCCUCUGUCACGACUGUUGUAGGAGUUGAAAAACAAGGUGACCGAGCUGCUACCCCUGCUGCCAGUACUGGAACAAUACAAAGCAGAUGCCAAGAUGAUCCUACGCCUCCGGGAGGAAGUGAGGAAUCUGUCCUUGGUGCUGAUGGCCAUCCAAGAAGAGAUGGGGGCCUAUGACUAUGAGGAGCUACGUCAGAGAGUCCUACUCCUGGAAACCAGACUCCACUCCUGCAUGCAGAAACUAGGUAUAAAAUGAAUACGAAUGAGUUGGGGGGCCUUAGUGUUAAAUGUUUAAUUUGUGAUCCAUUAACCCCAAACACUGCACAAAAAGAAGGUAAAACAACAAACAGCAGGGGGAAAGGUAUUAGCGGUCAAAACGCUGUUAAACAUUGUCAACAUUUCCUCUAGACUCGGUGCUCUAAUUAUUUGCGUUAAUCAGGGAGAAUGGCCUAAAAGGAGAGAAUGAAUAAUUGAUGACCUUCUUAUUCGAUGUGUUCGCUUAAAGUGAUGGUUUAACAUGAAUCAAUGACUCAGCAGAUAAAGCCUGCAGUUAUUAUUUUGGCCUUUAGGUCAUUAGCGUUUAAUUAUUGCGCUGCAAUGACUGUAAAUUUGAAUAAACCAUGCAGAGACAAGAAAUAGUAAUGGAUCUUUGAAAAUGUGCCAAGCAAAUUCAAGCUAUAAUUCACAUGUUGUUUGCAUCAAGGUGUAAUAGCAAUCUUGAUGAACUGGUGGGUGUUAUUUCAAAAAUCCUAACAUGCAAAUAGGAAACAAACUGGCAUUUUGAGUUGAAGUGUUUUGACCAUGGACAGCUGUAUCAGUCCACUAACCUUCCAACUGUGAGUCACACAAUUAAUUGUUGAAAUUUACAACUAAUCACCUAUUCCAAUAAAUAAUGUGAUCAAUUACAUUUUUAAUCAGUGUUAAAAUUAAUUAAUUUAGGCAUGAACUUCAGACCUGAAUCACAAUCAGAGCUGCCAGGUGUACAAGAAUUGUCGUGUUUGUACGAUGUACGAUCAAUAACCCAGAAAAAAGGCUAAAUGUAAGAUUAUUUGACAGUUUUGUGAAUGUGUGGUGCAAUAGGACUGUCUCAGUCCGCCACACUUAAUUUUUUAGUUUUUUAUUUGCGAACCCUAAAGGCAUCUUUUACCACGUGAUGGUUCCAUCCAAUCAUAGUUUGAGUGAUUCGUCGCCAAACAACAAGCAUGAUUGACUGUCAAUCAUGCCCAGUUGGAAGUGGGGCAGGGGUUGAAUGACCACAAAACUGUUGUCACAAAAUCAUGGGUGCGUGUAGGACGCUAAACAGAUUGACUAUCAUGCAACAGUAAGAUUGUUAUUUUGAUUAUGAUGGGUGUAUGAUAAUUUUCCAAAAAAUACGAUAAUUUUGAGUCUCUGGUACGAUAAUUCUAUAUGUCCCAUCUUGCAACACUGAUCACAUUGUGAUAACAUGUUAACGCUAACAGCCUUGGUUUUUAUCAAUGUACAGAAACAGAAAGUCUUAGUAGGAUGUGGGGCCUAAAACAUAGCCUGGUGGAACUCUCUGUAUCAAAUGAGCUGUCUCCUGGAUAAAACAUGUCUGUCUAUUUUGAGAGUGUGUGCAUGGAGUACAUGUAAUCAUAACCCUUUCAUAUACAUUUUAAAGACACUUUUUUUUGUCUUUUCUUGAACCUGCAGGCUGUGGGAAGCUGACUGGUGUUAGUAAUCCAAUCACAGUGCGUGCAUCAGGGUCAAGGUUCGGCUCCUGGAUGACAGAUACCAUGAUCCCCAGCUCAGACAACAGAGUAAGUCGCCUCUGUUUCUACCACUGAGUUUUUAAUUCAACAAACCCCGAGGAUAAGAACAACAAGUUAUCAUCAGAAAUUGUCCGAACUCGGUUAGGUGCUAAAUGGAGAAAAUAUCCCUAACAGCAAUGCUGUCACAGUACUUCAGUGACUGAUCGACCUGUCUUUCCCGAGUAGGACUCCACAUGCACUCAGAAGGAGAAAAGAGAGAGAGGGGAGGGGGUGCAACAGGGAUGCAAAACUGAGUCACUGAUGGAUAGCAUCCUUUCCCCUGUCUUCUGUCCUCUGUCACUGCAACUCCAGCUGAUUAAUCACUUCAUCAUCAUGGAGAAUGAAUGAGUUGUUUGGGCUUAAGUUUUCCAAAUCACUUGGGUAAUUACUGAGAGUGUGUGGUGGAUUUUCUGGACCUUGAUGAUGUAGUACUGUAUCGUGCAGAGUAAGACGACCCUCAUGAUGCGACCACCCCCUUUUCAAGACUAACCCUAGGACAAAGACUUAUUAGAGACUAGAUCUUAAUUUUAAGAACAAAAACAAGAUUUUAACUCACAUGAAACAUACUACACUCAGACGAACUUUUCGUGAUGAGCGUUUUUGGGCUCACUCUUUUUUUCUGACAAUACAUUUUUUUGCUCUUUAAAGUCCCACUCCGAUCGUUUUUUUUACUUCUUAAAGUGUUCUCAGUGGUCUUUAAAUUGUGAAUAUUAAGUUUUUAGCCAAAAUCAUGUUACCUGUGUCAUUUUCAAGGGCAUUUCUACUGCAGAGCUCCAGUAGCUCAUUAGCAAUUCGCCUGUGAGACAGCGGAGACAGUGCUGCUCUGUGCACCCAUUUUCACGUUAGUUUGCAACCUAACAUUGCCGGUGUAGUAGGAGUGGCAGGUAUUCAGCUCCCGGACACUAAUGUCGUCAAGGACACAAUGAAAGCUAAUAUAAUAAUUAGCUUUCUUAUGAGCAUUGCAAUCCGCCACGCUAUCUCCUCUAUAUGCAAAGUGUGGCCUGCAUAGCGGGGCUCGGGGGGCGGAGCUUGGAUUGGUUACAUAUGAACUCUCACUGUUUCUGAACCUGCUGUUUGGGUCUGCCAAAGAUUCACAGAAAUCUGAAUGAAGAAAUACUCAAAAAAGCAAUUUCCCAUUUAUUUUCUCAUGAUAUAUCCUGUAGCAUCAGAAAAAUGCCAUAUGAACAUGUAGAAAACAAGAAAAACAUGAUUUUCAUCAGAGUGGGUCUUUAACAGUAGUUUAAUGUCUCUUCUGCAUUCAUUAUAGCGUCCUUUGAAAAAGGUGCCACAACGCCACUUCACUUCUUGCUCUACUUGUCCUACUUUUUGCUCACUGCGUCACUCCAUCUGCCAUCCUCUUGGCGCUGUAAAGUGUUACAAUUGUUACAUUUUUUUUUGGCUGAUGGUUUUUGUGCAAAGAAAUGUACAUCUAAGAGUCAGUGUGACACAAGCAAGAAUCUCGACAAGCAGUGAGUGACAGCUGGCCUCGGAGUGGCACAUCUGUUGCAGCAAAUGUUGACUUUUAAAUACGAGGGUAAAAUCAUAAGAUGUUCCCACUUAUUUUUGGAUAUAUUUGAGGGUAUAAUACUCUAAAUUCCAAUCAAUACAGUGAUGGUAUCAGAUGAUAAGUAAUGGCAUGUAUUUUCAUAAGAGCAGACACAUCGAGACACAGAGAGUGGUUCAUUUCCCUCUACCAGCAGUAAGGGAGAAUGAAAACUGUUAAACUUAAACAAGAUAGCAAAUGAUAGCCCAUCUCCACACAGGCCUGAUAUAUAUUGCUCCCAGAAAAGGUCAAUUUAUGUGAUUGAAUACCCUGAUCUUUGUCUUUAAUCACCACACUUGCUGAUAUAACAGUAGACUCUUAAAAUCAAUCAUUGAAAGUAUUAAUAGCCAGAUACAUCAAGGAUAUCAUAUAAACACCCACACCAAUCAUGAUAAUGAUAUUUGGGAAACAUCAUUGUCGCUGAGAAGCCUGACAGAAAAUAAAAAAACUCAGCAGAGGAUUUGGCCUGGCUCAGCUCCUGUUCCCCGCUUCGCUCUGGGGAGUCAUUUAGCCAGCAUAGGAAAAACAAUGCCUAAUGCUCCAUAAUCUCCCCUUCUCCAUAAUUCUGCCGCUGUGCCCCACCACCCCAGACUCCCCCCCUCAAAACCCUUCCUCAACCCUCACUGGGUUUGUUAUUGCAGAAAAAGUGCUUAGUCUACACCAGGGAUGGAGGGAGGAGACAGGAAAGAAAAGAUGGGUGGUGCAUCAGGGGACCUGGAGCUACAAUUUAACCGAGCCCUACUUUAUAUGUUAAAGACAAAAUAAAUAUCUAAGCCAACUGCAGUUUAAUUGAAUCAAUUAAAAGCUGAACUGUGCCUCGAUGGGAGCGCUGAAUGAGAAGGGGGAUGCAGCCUAAGAGGGGGCAAUGUCAGUGGAGAGAUCCGCUGAGAGUGCUUGAGGAAAAAAGAUAGAGCUGCUAAAUGGAUUGAUUUUCUGUAAAUGUGGACUGGAGAGGGCAGAGAGCACAGCAGUGGCUGACUGCUAGGAGCAGGCAACGUCUUCAUUCCCACACACGGGGAAAAGAUCAAUAGUCCUGCACACAGUCAAGUAUGCAAAAAACGCAGGAGGGCUUACACUCACACUUAAACAGAGGCAUUUCAACACAUCGACACACACGAUCUUUGCUCAAGGCAUCACCACAGGCUAUAAUAAAAUACAGCUUCAAGCGCUCUUGCAGAGUCAAGUAUAGUGCUGCAAUGUUCUCCAUAACUUCUAGAUUUUUUAUUAUGUAUUUAUUAAAAUGCCUUGUUUUUAAGAAGUAUAGUUUUCUUUAAGGUGGUUUUUCUCCUCUCCACACAGGUGUGGUCCAUGGAUGGUUAUUUCAAAGGACGCCGUGUCCUGGAGUACCGCACAAUGAAUGAUUUCAUGAAGGGCCAGAACUUUGUGCAACACUUACUGCCCCAUCCCUGGGCAGGCACUGGUCAUGUGGUCUACAACGGCUCGCUGUACUACAACAAGUACCAGAGCAACAUCAUCAUCAAGUAUCACUUCCGCUCUCGGAGUGUGCUGGUACAGCGCAGCCUGAGCGGGGCCGGCUACAACAACACCUUUCCCUACUCCUGGGGCGGCUCCUCUGACAUCGACCUCAUGGCAGAUGAGAACGGCCUGUGGGCUGUUUACACCACCAUCCCUAACGCUGGGAAUAUUGUCAUCAGCCGUCUGGAGCCUCAGAGUCUGGAAGUGUUGCAGACUUGGGACACAGGCUUUCCCAAACGCAGUGCUGGAGAGUCAUUUAUGAUAUGCGGCACGCUAUAUGUCACCAACUCCCACCUGGCUGGUGCCAAAAUCUACUUUGCCUACUACACCAACACAUCGAGCUAUGAGUACACAGACAUCCCCUUCCACAAUCAAUACUCCCACAUUUCCAUGAUGGACUACAACCCCAGGGAGAGGGUCCUGUACACAUGGAACAACGGACACCAGGUGCUCUACAAUGUCACACUGUUCCAGGUUAUUAAGACUUCUGGGGACUGAGAGCUUCAGAGGGACUCACUCAAAUAAUGCUGUGAUCAUUGGUCGGGGCGGGGAAGCGAGAUGUGUGGAGGUGGGCACAACUUGCGGGUGGUGUGGGGUUGGGGGGGGUCUGGUUUACGGGCAUAAGCUUGGAUUUUUUUUAAAGAAUUUCAAUCUUCAUAGAGUGCUAUUAUUCACAUUCUCAAAAGAACACUCCGACAGCGACGUCGGCAAAGAUACAAAGACUGAACGCUUCUCUUUUUUUCUUUCUGUGAUGAGUAAGCAUGGUUCUUUUUAUUUGUGAUGAGAAAUAAAUAUCAAUCUUUACCAUUUAAGACUCUGGAUUUUAUUCUCACACUAUAGCGCGUUUUAACAAGAUAUCUUCAGAUUUGGAUGUGUGCACUCUCAAGGUCAGUAUUGCUUACAGUGAAAGGAAAGAAAAGGUGCAGCAUUUCUUUUUUUAAGACGUCUGUUUAAAUCUGAUCAGUCUUUGCCCAAGGAACAUUUUGCUUUUUGGUAGGGAUGCACCGAUCCGAUAUUUGGAUCGGAUAUCGGCUCCGAUAUUGACAAAUUAACUGGACCUUAAUUAAUAUCAUACACAGCAACUCAGCGAUUCUGUUCGCUCUAUAUUCUAUGUCUGUCUAUUCUUUUGCACUAAAUGUUUACAUGGAAGUCUUACUUCUUUUUGCUGAGUGCUUAUGUGCAAUUUGUUAUUUGUUAAUAAAUAUUAUUAAGUAAAUUUA